GGCGGGCACGCGUGUGAGCCGAGCGAAUCCAUCUACCGCAGCGUGGGGAGAGGCGGGUUGCACCACUGGGCCCAGCUGCCGCUCUGCCUGCUUGCAGCAGGUGCCCCUGCUUUGGGCAGCCUCCGCCGCCUCGCGUUGCCAGGCGCCCUCGCUGCCUGGAAUCACAGCUCCUCUCUCCCUCGGCAUCUCUGCUUCCCCCGCACCCCGCGCAAACUGCCCCCGCAUCCCCGCGCAACAGGCGAAGGGAAGGCGACAAAAGGGACCUUGUGCCUUUAAGGCCUCCUGCUUGGCGAUCCCGGUCAGGAGCGCACGGAGCGGGGCGAGCCUUGUGGAUCCGGGCUAGAGGGCGUUUACUCUGGACAACGCGGGGAGGAGGGGACGGGCCCAGAGCGGGCGGGCGGGCAGGAAUGGAGAGGAGGCGAAAACGGAGAGGGGGGCGCAUGGUGUAAACAGAUAGCGAGGGGCUGCAGAAGGAUCUGCUUGCCAGAGAUCGCUGCUUGCUACACCCCCCCGCCCGCCGGAGAGGAGGGCCCUGCCGUGCCCAGAGGCGGCCCAGCACCCGGAGGUGAGUGGUAGUGGCGGAGGUGGUGGUGAACGGGAGCAAGCCGGAGAGCGCAGGGAGCACGGAAGAUCUCUCCGAGGGGGAAAUACGCUUUGCGCCCCGGAGGACGCAUGGAGCCGGGCGGCGGCGGCGGGGCGCUGGGAGGCUGGCUCUGGGAACCGCCGCGUCCAGAAAGGCCGGGCCUGGCGGGGGUGCGGCGGGGAGAAGCUAGCUGGGGAGGUGGUCCCGAGAGGGAUGGCAGCGCAACGAACAGAAAGGGGUGGGAGCAGUUAGGCCGUCCCCACGGCGACUUGGCGCACGGGAGGAGAGGGGACGAGUUUGGGUCCAAGCGCGUCGGCUGGGGGCGCUCUUUGGGCCCAGAGAUCCGCGGCGACUGCGGGGAAUGCAGCCGGGCGCGGGGGGGAAGGGGCGUGGGGACAGGUGCGCACAGCGGCGGGCCGAUGCGGGGCCCUUGGGGGGGCCAAUUGGCUAUUGAAUUAAGUGGGGAGAGAAUAAGGUGCCUGGAGAGCGCAGGAGAAAAGGCUAAUGAUAAUGCAACUCCCAGAGUUGAAAGAUUUCACCUUCCUUGUGUGAACUGAACGCGGUAGGACUCCCCCCCCCCCCAUUUCUGCUUCCCCCAGGAUUGGUUUUCUGGGAUCCCUCUGCAGGGAUUGGUUGGCUCCCGAAUGUGGGCUGGCCUGGGCAGCUUAGCUUCUCAGCCUGGUCAGGUUACAUACCUGGAGGAGGAGCAGGUGGGCUUCCCCUAAAGCCUCUGUAUUGUGAGCUGUGGACUUGCUUAUUCUUUUGCCGUGUCUCCCCUUUAAAGCAGGCAGAGGGAAGGGGGUCUCUGGGCAGAGAGUCUCUGUGGGGCCCUAGGCUCUUUUCCCAUUGAACUUUGGAACACCUCUCCCAAGCCCCUUAGUAGGACCUGGGGAAGGGGAUGGAAAGGGAAAGGAAGUUGACCUAUAACCUGGUGCAAGGCAGAGGGUGCUGUGCUAUAGGGAACAGGCUCUUGAGUGGGGGGUGUUGGGCUGCAGGGAGUAGGGUAAAAGUGACUAUGGGAGGGAGCAUGUGUUCUUCCUAAGAUGCAAAGCUGAACCAAGGAGGAAGAUGCUGUUGCUGUUGUAUCACUUUGUUAUGCUUCAUUAUUGCAUCACUUACGAAUGUGGGGGUUUUUUGCAGGGAGGGGGGAAAUCCAUGCUGGGGGAGCUGAGCUGUAAUAAACCUUGCUAUUAAGCCAAAGUCCUCCCCCCUCCCCGCAUGCCUGAGUUUUCUUUCAGCCCGGCUUCUCCCUGGAUGGGUUAUGUCCUGCACCCCUUGACCUCCUCCGCUUGCCACAAAGCUGUCCUCAUGUGCUGUUGGCUGUUGCUUCCCACAGCCAGGAGGCUGCGUCAGAGUGCUGCUGGCGUGUGUGAAGCCAUUCCUGGUGUGUGUGUUGUGUGGGGAUUGGAGGGGAGGGGAAGAAGGGUCCAGCUUCUGAAGCCUGCCUGUGUGUUCCUACAGUAAAGGGCAAUGAUGUCAUGACGUUGACGCCAUCUCCCUGGAUGGAUGCAGAUAAGAACAGUGUGGGAGGGCACUGGAAUCGCUCUCCGAAGGGGCUGGAGCUAAAACAAGCCCUGGUUUGGCUGGCACUCAAGACAAAUAGAGUUUGAAAGGGGAAAACUAUUCCACUUUGGUUUUGCAGUGAAUGGGCGAGCUAAGCCAGAGGAAGGACCCAGCUGCCAGAAACUAGCACCGCUGCCCCUCCUGCCCCAAACUUUCCCUGGCCUCUGAAAUCUCUCCUGUUGCACCCUGGGCAAAACUCCACACCGUUUGGAGAAGAGGAAGGGCACAAUGCUGAGAGAGCAGCAGAAUGGCGAGCUGGAAAUAGCAGACAAGUAAACUGAGUUUGGACUGAGCUGUGCCCAUAUAGUUCCUUUCACCUUGUGUUCUGGAUCUUUGAUGCGUGGAUCAGGUGAGCCAGCAAGUGUUGGAGACCAGUGGGGUCGGAUCUGAACUUCUGGAGUUUUCUGGACUGCAUAAGGAAGGCUGCAUAUCGUAGGCUGUGUUCACUGUACGUUUUAAACUUUUCUAUGCAUUUCCUGUGUGUGUGUGUAUUCGCUGUGCAGAGAUACCAUUUUGAUGGGCAGUGUGGGAAAAGGACUUGUGUUUUGCAAGGGCUUUGGUGGAGAUUGGUGGGUUGCUGUGCGUGUGAACACUCUCUCGGUCCUCUCCCUUUGCCUCUAGUGACAGCCAAGGAGUGUGGUGUUGCCUUGAGAUGUCUCUGAAUAAUUCAGUCCCUUCAUUUGCAUAACUCCACCUUUGCUUCUGUUUCUUGGGCACCCUUAAGAGUGUGAUGAAAUGUUAGGAACCUGGUUUUGCUGCCAGGCUGACACUCGCAGAAGACUCUUCCCACUUCAGGGGAGAGGGGGGGGCAGGGCACAGUCGCCUUGCCACCAACAUGCCACAUGCCUUCUCAACCUGCCAGUUAAACAGGGAGGCUGGCCUUUGCUCCACCCGACCCCCUCCAACAGCAUUCUGUAAGGCCCCCUCUGUCCCCUUAUUGUUGCAAUGGGCAGGAUGUGUAUAGAGAGGGGACCUGUGUAUAGCACCCCCUCCCCAUGGGAUCUCUGUUGGUGAGAGCAAUGCACAGGGAGAUUUUGCUUCAGGCAGCCACUAAUUCUCCAGGUGCAGCGCUUUCACUUUCUCUCUGAAGGAAUUACUUACAGGCGUCCUCUCUCCUGUGGGAAGUAGGGAAAGUGUGCAAGCACACUGUUGGGGUGGGGCUAAUCCCAUUCCCUGCUCCCUUCCUUGAUCUUGGGGAUUAAGAAUCAAGCAGGUUUUCCCUUCUGCAACAAACCCCUCCUAAUCCGCAUAACACCAUCCUUUUGGGUUUUUUCCCCCCUUAGUCCUGGAGUGGGUUGGAAUGUUAGGAGCUGGCUUUUUUAAAGAAGGAAAGAGAGAUUAGCAUAUUGAUCACUGUUCUUUUGUUGGAGCUGACCUUGGUAGGACAACUGUUGCUGCCUGUCCUCCACUUUGCUGCACCGGGGAUGCUAAAUUCAAGCAAGCCACCCCAGAGACUCUGUUAGCUGCUUUUUGUGCAGGUCUGGGGGGGCGGGGAACAUGCACAUAUUUCUGAUUCCCAGUAUCAGCAGCAGAUGGUUCAGUGACCAAAGUACCUGCAAGUGCUCCUCUGUCAGCGCCACGCAACCUGAGGUUACAAAGCGACUUCUUUGAGCUGUCCUUUUGACUCAAAGCAGUUAAUGUAUUUACUUGUGUUUGUGUGCUGUUAGUUAGAGCAUCGCGCUCAUACUGUCAUCCGUGUUGGAAGGGGAAUAAGGGAUAGAUAUCCUCUUUGCAUCACUCAGCAUAAAGUAUGCACGGGGGGUGGGAUCAUACCCUGGUGGGAAUCUAGUUGCAUCUCAGGGGAAGUGUCUGUAAUAGAACUUGAGGGCAAAAGAGAAUGUGUGAAGGUAACCACAGAUUGGCAAGUAGAGAAAUAUCCAGUCUCCAGUUCCAGAGAGCAGGAGAACGGGAUGCAGUGGGGGCUUCAGCCUUGGAAGAGCAUCGAGGAUGAACAACAAGCUUGACAGCUUUCUUUUCUAUGAACAGGUUGCCGCUCAAUGCUGAAGAGGAAAUAAGAGACGCCCCUCACUGCUGCUUCUUUGCCUUCCCUACGGGGAUCCAUGUCGCCUCCUCGUGUCCAGUUCCCAGCGGCCUUCCAGGUAUUGAAUCUCCCCAAGGCAGAGAGGGCAGCCUCUGAUGCAUUGGCACCGACCCCUAAUAAAUCUGAACCCUCCCUCUGCAGGCUCUCAAGAUUCUCUUUUCCAGAAUGUGGAUGCUCUGCUUCCCCUGUCCCACCUCUCCACGUUAGGCACCUCUGGUUUAUGUAUCUUGCCACACAAGCCUUACCUCGUCCCCUGGCGCUGAUCCUGCUGCCCUGCUUGAAGAGCAUCCUAUUUGUUGGCCGCCAUCCUUGUUACCUAAACUGAGACGUCCCAGUGCCCUGUGUGCUUUGCCUCUGUGGCCCCGCCUCCCGUAGAGAGGGGAAUAGCUUUGCCCAGGAACUGGUGGAGCCCUCCUUGCCCAGUGGUCUGCUAAUGAUCAGGAUUUCAUUCUUCCCUUGUCCUUGCUUUGUAUCCGGCAAGGAAAGAAAGCACCUCCUUCUAGGUUGUAGGGACCCAUGGCAGGAACUGCUCCCCUUACUGGGCUGUGUGGGGAACGAUGUGGGGUUGGUCCUCUCAGAGAGGCAAGCCCAGCUGACUUUCUCCCUUGCUCUGCCUGUUCUUACUUCUAAUGCCCUUCCCCCACAGUAUGUCCUGGUUUAGCGGCAUCCUGGUGCCCAAAGUGGACGAGCGGAAGACUGCUUGGGGGGAGCGCAAUGGGCCCAAGCGCCACCGCCCAGCGCUCUGUGGCCCUCGCUACAUGAGUUGCCUGCAGGACCCGGAGCUGGAGCGCGGAGGCAGCGGGGGACUGGGCCUGAACUGUUCGUGGCAGGAGGACCACUAUGGCAAGAAGGCGCCGCCGCCACCCCCGCCUGGCACUGGGGACCUGGGACUCAAAGCCGUGGACCUGGGCUUCGAGGACGGGGGCGGAGAGGCCAAGGGGCUUUCGGCCAGCGACUGCGGCCGGCGCCUGCUGCAAGUGUUCCGCUCCAAGCGCUUCCGUUCGGCCAAGCUGGAGCGGCUCUACCAGCGCUACUUCUUCCAGAUGAACCAGAGUUCGUUGACGGUGCUCAUGGGAGUCUUGGUGCUGGCUUGCGGCAUCAUGCUGCUGUUCCACUGCGUGCCUGGCACCCCCCGCGUGCCCUAUGCCGCUGCCCUGGCCGUGGCGGCCGCCCUGUUCCUCUCGCUCAUGGUCCUCUGCAACCGGACUGGCUUCCACCAGGACUGCAUGUGGGCCGUGAGCUACCUGGUCAUUGGGGCGUUGUGCGGGGUGCAGGCUCUGGGCACUCUCCUGGUCUCGCCACGCAGUGCCUCCGAGGGCGUCUGGUGGAGCGUCUUCUUCAUCUACAUCAUCUACACCCUCCUGCCCGUCCGCAUGCGGGUGGCGGUCCUGGCUGGAGCCUUGCUCUCUGUGCUGCACCUGGUAAUCUCCUGGCACCAGAACAGGGCGGACUCCUUCCUUUGGAAGCAGGUAAGGGGGAAGGAGUGAGGGCAGAGGAGGCCUGGGGUUAAUGAGUCCCUUGAGGACAAAGAAAAGCCUUGGAAGCUGUGAGGAAAGGCACACUUGAAACCGUACGCUAAUUGGGCAGAGGCCUUGGGUGUGAAACAAAAAGGCUGCCAAGUCGGGGACUCGUAUGGUAAUUGCUUCAGGCUUUUGUUGGGGGAGCAGUCAAGUGGCCUGCAGCCUCCUUCUCCUGUUGAGCUGCGUGGGAACCAUGAAUCUGUGGCCCCUUCCUAAGCUGGUAGGAGCAGCUUUGGGUAGUAUGGGAGGAGCCUGCCUGUGGCUCCUCCCCAUGCUGUGGGAUUGGCCCAGUUUCUGGAAGUGGGUGAUUGGGAUAUUUCGUUUCCUGAGUUCCCCAAAUAACAUGGUAAGCUUGGCUGUUGGUGCUAAAGCCUUGUGUGUGAAAACUUCGUUUUGCUUCUGCCCCGUAUCUGCUUGGUUCUUGCCCGCUUUUCAUUGCUUGGUGGUGACAGAGGAACGCCUGGGAAUCUUGUUUGGCCAGAACUAGCACUGAACAUCUUUUCCCAGCACAGAAUCUGAUGGCACGUCCACAGGAUCCUCUGCUUAACACAGGAAUGUUCUUUGUGGUGGGAUGGUUGGAUAUUUUGGGGCAGUUUUAAGCUGCCCACUUGGACUCCUCAGUAUCCUGCCUCUUGUUGCUGCACGACUAGUAGCCCCUUUUUCCAUCAUGAGUUUAUCUAACCCCCUUUUAAAGCUAUCCAAGUUGGUGGCCACAGCCAUGACAGCCAUUUCCAUAGCUUAAAUAUCGCUGGGUGAAGAAGGUUUCUGCCUUGUCUGUCCUGAAUCUCCCAGCAACCAUUGGAUGACCUUGUGGCUCGAGGACAAUGAGAGAAAAACCGCUGCCCUCUUUCUUCCCACCUGCAUAAUUUUAUAUACCUGUCUGGUGGUCUCUCCUUGCCCUUCCCUGGCCUUACGUGCCUUUUUUUUAAUCCCCUAAGCUAACAAGUCUGGUGUGCUGUUCGUUUUUCUCAUACAGGAGUUGCUUCAGCUCUUGAUAAUUUUGGUUGCCCCUUUUCUCUGAAUGAAUUAGGAAAUCAGGCAUUUGAAAGUGAAUUAGAACAAUUUGUAUGAUGAAGAGUUCUCUGCUGUCCCACAGUUGCAUAUUAUAAAUCAGUGCCAUGAAAGACAAAGUCUUACCUAUUUUGUACCUUAGAGAGUGAUGUGCUAAUUAUGGUCUGCACUCCACAGAGAACCAUAUGUACACAUUACUCCUAAGCAUCUCUAGCUGAUGUCAUCACUGUAUCAUUAGUGCUACAGAGUCAGUGCUGUGUAGCAUCCAGAUUUAUGGUGACCUUUUUAUCAGCCUUCUCCAACUUGGUACCUUCCAGAUGUUGUAGACUACCACCAUCCCUUGCUAUUGGUCAUGCUGGCUGGGGCUUGUGGGAGCUGUAGUUUUAAAACAUCUGGUGGACAUUAGGCUGGAUAAAGCUGUUUUUAUAUGCUUACAUUCCAAGCCUUGAAUUUACUUCCCUGGUGCUCUGUUUUCUGCAGAGAUGAAGGCAAAGGUGUAAUUUAAAUGUCCACAUUUAUUCAGCUGGUAAAUGCAGAAGUUCAGCUAACCAUAAUGUUAAUAGUCAGUUCCAUCACCUCUUUUUGUGCUUCUAUUUCUUUGGCCCUAGGAAGGAGCAGCAUAAUUUACCCAUUUCUUUUGUAUUUUUAUCCUUUUGAAAUCCGUCAAAUUCAAUGUGUCUAAAACUUACAUAAUUGCAUUGCAAUUAGGUUUUUGAACUACUACGUAACAUACCUCUUAAACACGGGUCAUUAAAAUUGUGAUGUUGAACACUACAGCGGCAAUGAGGCAUAAUUCUAAAAUGUGUAAUGUUUGUGUGUGGAGAGGAGAAAAUGGGAGGAAAGGAAAGAGGCCACAAGAGGGUGGCCUACAUAGAAUAAUGAUCUGGCAGCUUGCAGGCUCCCUCAAUGAUUUAUAUCUGUGCCCCUUUAUUGACAUGGUUUUAGAAAAGGGUCUUUAAAACACUCAAAUCCGCAAGUUCACUGGUUGUUUCUCCCCCACUGCUCCCCAGAUCUCUCCUGUUCUUGCACUGUCUGUUAGCUUUGUUUAGUCCAACUUUCAGCGUUUCUCUUCUGGGAAUAACUAGAAGGAUCUGCGUCUGCAAAGUUAUCAGAUUGGUGAGCACUGCCACUGGCGACGGAGAGGCAAAUGUGGUGGUCAGUUUGCAGCUGCUUCUCCUGUUAGUGUAACCUCACGGCCUGCUUGGGUUUCAUCCACGCCUCCAUUUGGUUCCCCUUCCUCCUCGGUUCAGCCUUCCAGUGCUCCUUUCCAAAAAAGGAUCAAGGAUACAGCUGCUCACAUCAGCCUUUUCUGUGCAGGAGGAAAGAAGUAGCUACUUUUAAGCUUUGGGUUGCUGUGGAUUUCUGGUUGUUUUAAAACACACACGCACACACACACACAAAUAGCUCCCCUAUGAUGCUUGGAAUUAUUGCUGUAUCUUCAACUCGUAAACUAAAUUAGAGUUAACCCUCAACUAUCCAGUGCUGGCAGCAAUUGGGGAGUUAGCUUGGAGUCUGGAGGUGUCUAUAAGUGGCCCAGUCACUGUCUGCCAUAAGUUGGUGACAUCCUAGUGGGCAUUCAUUUUUGCUACCUUUCAAAACUCUGGUCAGGAUUUAUUAUUAUUAUUUAUUACAAGUCCAUACCACCCUUCAUACAAAGAUCAGAAACCAAAGUUUACAAUAUAAAAACACAAAAAUACAAUGCUCCCCCCACAGUUUAAAAGCCCAUGGAUUGUUUAUUAGCCAAAAGCCUGGGAGGGAUGCUUUGCCGGUGCCUAAAGAUUAAUAAUAAUACUAAUACAUUUCUUAUACCCCCCACAUCUGACUGGGUUGCCCCAGCCACCCUGGGUGACUUCCAACAAAAAUACAGGGGAAAAACCAACAACAACGCAGCCAAGGGGAAAGCAUUUUACAGGCGAGGAGCCAGAGCAGAAAAGGCCUAUUCUCGUGUUGCUGCCCUCCAGACCUCUCACAGAGGAGGCACAGAUGAUGAUCGCAGGGUCCGGGUCACUUCACAUGGGGAGAGGUGGUCCUUGAGGAUUGGUUGACCUUGGUGACCGUAGUGGCAUUGUGGGAAAGAGCCGUUGACGUUUGUGCUCCAAGACUCACCAUGCUGACAGCAUCCCUAGAACCUACCAUCAGUGCCCUGCAGUAAUAAGCACACCUUUACCUGUGAGCGUUCCAGCAUUUAUAGAGUGGAGGUUUGACCUGCCUCCUCCCACAGCUGACCCCCAAACAGAUGUGUUAGGAUCCUGUUUCCAGUUAUCAUGGCACUAUUAGGUGACCAGGGAAGAAGCCUUAGCUUGUGCAUUAUUUACAUAUAUAUUAUUUAGAUUCCCCCCAUGCUAUCUCAAUGGCUUAGGGAAGAUUACAGAUUGGCGUCGCCUAUUGACUGCGUUAGAGUAAGAACGAAUUCACCCAAGCUGCCCAGGAAGCUUACAAGGAUACUGAGUACCUGUCACUGUGACAAACAUUGCAUGGCGAGAGAGCAUGAGCUACAAAGAAAGUCCAGAGUGACCAAGGGACAGCAGGUGCAGCUACGUGUGUGUGUGUGUGUGUAUGCGUGCAAAAGUGCCACUGAUUAACAAGGCAGCAGAUUUUAAAGUUGUAUUUCAUAUUGUAUAUUAAUGUAGCUUCUUACCAAAAAAUGCAGGUGAGAAGUGCAAUAGAUGGUAGGAGUGGUCACAGGCUUUGCAGGCAGAAGGUUCCAGGUUUAAUCUUUGGCAUCUCCAUUUUUCAUGGAAAAAUGCUGCCACUCUGAGUAGGCAUUAUUGGGCUCAAUUGAUAAAUAGUCUUUCCUGUUAUUAUAAGGCAGCUUUCUGUGUUUCUUAUGUUUGUUAAAGAAGAGUCGUUGUCUCUCCCGUCCAUAACCAUGUGUGCACACUCAAGGAAAUGCCUCUUCUAAAAUAGCGCUUGCUUUGUUAUCUACCAAAAAAAUGCAUCUUGCUUCAGAAACAUUGUUUCCCCCUUAAUGCCACUGUUUGCAAAUGUGCAUGCAGACAUAAUUGAUCACACAAACUUAAUUAAUAGGUUAAUCAAAUAAGAGUUUCAGCUAAUGAAUCAGUUGAAAUGUCUCUAAUUGGGCUUGUCGCCCUGAGAAUAGACAUCGGCCAUAGACCAAGUCUGACAAUUUCUUUUUCAUACCUACUCGGUAUGGCAGUAAUUGCACAAAGAUUUCAAGCGGAGGUCUUUCCCAGCCCUGUCACCUAAUCUUAGGCCUUCCAAAUUCCAAGACCAACUAGAGAUCUGUUAACUGGAGGAGCUGGGGAUGGCCUGUGGAGCUAAUCAUCAUCAUCAUCAUCCACCCAUCUGACUGGGCUGAUCUAGCCACUCUGGGAAGUUUCUAGCAAAACAUAAAAUACAUGAUAAAACACACUCCCAACCAGGCCUGCUUGGCUUCAACGUGGCGGCUGCAUCUUGUGCCCAUGGACCAUGCCCUCAACUUUUCUGAAUAAAUCUGUGCCUCUGUCAGCUUGUUUGCCCAUUCCCUCCCAGUCCCUUUCUCCAUCAUGUCAGCUGGACUGUAAGCUGGUGGGGAGAGGCUAGGGUGUUUUCUUAAUAUUUGUGCAGUACCUAGAAAACAUUAAUUAAUUAAAUGAUAUCAAGUUAAAGAGCUGAAGUGAGAUUUCAGCUGGCAACUUCCUGGCCUGCAACUCACCCUUUUAUCCACAGCACCAUCCCAGUUCUCUGCAGCACCUUAGCUCAGCGGCAGGUGAGUCCUGGAGGCAGGGCAGGCCCAAGAUGUGUCAUUGCCUGAGGCAAAAAACAGGACCGUGCCUCCCUGUUGCACAUAACAGAAACCAAGCAGGCUGUUAGAUUAAUCUUCCUUCAGUUAUGGCAACAGAAGAGCAGGCUCAGCUUAGGCAGGCCAGGCUAUGCAGCUCCCACAGCGCUCCUGCAACAGAGUGGAAAGGCCAAGGGGCUGUUGCUGCUGCCUAUUACCUCCCCCAGCAGCAGCCACCUGUCAGGUGUGAGGCAGGUGAACACCUGGCUCCGCCAAAAGGGGAUUAGCAGGUAUUGCUGGUCAGCUGAUCAACAGUGCCUGCAAAGUGCUGGACAAAAUGGUGCUCUAAAAUGGGCUUCUAGGAACAGACAGUCAGCCAAUGGUCUAAUAUCCAAAAGGUCAUUUCAAAGUGCCGCACAAGCACUGACUGUGAGGGGUGUAAGAGUUUGGCCCAGUGGUCAGAUUCGGUUCCCUAGCCCUGCCUUAAACCCUAGGGAACUGUGUUUUGCUUGUUUUUCUUCCCACCCUCUGUCUCCCGAAGGCACAGUAUUGGGACCCCUUUUGUAUCCUGGCAGCAAUGGAGGAUGAGACUCCAUUAUGGGCCAAGAGGGUCUCCUUGGCUUGCAAAAAGCUCCCAAUUCAUUCUUUAGGGAAGGGAGCAGAGGGUAAUGGCACCUCAGGUGGAGGGAAGGUGGUCCACCUCACAAACGUCAGGAACUGGAGUUGAAGAUGAAUGGGCUUUUUAGUAGGUCUAGGUUUCCUGCUGAAAGCUUGCUGGGAAAGAAAACUGCUUGAAGCAGGUAACUUCUUUCCCUGCUCCAGUAUGUGUUUCACUUGGGUCCCUCUCUUGCUUGCAGCUUGGAGCCAACAUUUUGAUAUUCCUGUGUACCAACGUCAUUGGCAUCUGCACCCACUACCCGGCUGAGGUGUCGCAGCGCCAGGCCUUCCAAGAGACCCGGGGCUACAUUCAGGCACGGCUACACCUGCAACGUGAAAACCGCCAGCAGGUGAGGAGCCAUUGUGGGGGGCCAGGGUUGGGCUGCAGCCUUGAACGGGAGUUGUGGUGGGCAGGACUGCCAGUUAAAGGGCCAGCUUGGCCAUUCAGUUCCUGAUCUUGUGUGGCUGGCAUUAGGCUGCUUGGGGACGAGAAGAUGCCAGAAUUUUGAGAGUCUGGCAGUGUUGGGGGGAUUGUGAAUUGGGACAGAAGGAAUGUUAAGGUUGGAAGAGAAGGGAGGAUUAUCUGUGACUAGGCUGUAACUGGUGCCUUUAACUUCGGUGUGUUGUGUCAACAUUCUUGCUCUGAGGGGAGUAUUUAUGUGGCUUUCUCUCUGGGGUGGUGGGCAGGAGCGGCUCUUGCUAUCAGUGCUGCCCCAGCAUGUUGCCAUGGAGAUGAAGGAGGACAUCAACACCAAGAAGGAGGACAUGAUGUUCCACAAGAUCUACAUCCAGAAACAUGACAAUGUCAGGUACCAAGCUAUUGGGAUAUGGGGUGUGUGUUUGCAUGUGUGCACCCAUGCCUGGGAGUGACCGAGGCCUAGGAGUGGCAAGGACGUCAGUGAAGCAAAGGCCGUUCUACUGUAAACAUGGAAAACUUAAACUGCAGGGCACUUGCUUUUCGACAAGACGUGAGCGGGUGGGUCGCUGGGUGCUCGAGGAGAGAAAAUGUUGGCUGGGUUCUGGGUGGGUUUAUUAAGCCAGAUAAGACAGAGACCCCCCAGGCUGUUAGCUCCUUGCAAGUUCCUAUGCUCAUUUCCUGUCUCUUCUUACCCCAACAGCAUUCUGUUUGCUGACAUUGAGGGUUUCACUAGCCUGGCGUCCCAGUGCACAGCGCAGGAACUGGUCAUGACACUGAACGAGCUGUUUGCCCGUUUUGACAAGCUGGCUGCGGUAAGUGUGUCUAGCAGGAUCAGCCAGUGGAACAGCUGACCUGUGUGGGAAUGAUGGUCUGCCUGUGCUCAUUGGAGGAAUAUGGCCCAGUCGGGGUUCUUGCAAAUGUCUGCAUGUUUUAAGCAUGCACACCUCCCUUGAGCUUUGUACUUAUUACAGGUGUGCCUGCAGCAAACACAGGUGCCGUGUUAAGAAAUCCCCAUAAAUGUUCCGGUACCACCUCCUUCCCUAUGUUUGUGGACAAAGCAAGACCCUUUAAGGCACAUCCCACAGCACUCUGUUUAUUCUUAUAAGUUUACUUCCCCUAUAGAAGUACAGUUUUUGGCUGCUGGAGGGUCUUUUUGUAGCACAGGGGCAGAGGUAUUGAACUGAGGUGAGAUCAUAACAUACAACAAUACAAACAACCAAAUAAAAGACUUCCUUUAUCCUGAUUCUGGCCUCCUUAUUUACUUCUUAUAAACUGCUUCCUUUAUGAAUAAUUAUUAAGAUUUUUCUAAUUAUAACUUAAAUAUCCACAGUGUUAUGCUCACUGUAUGUUAUGUUCAUGUUAAAUGAGGGUGGAUUUGUGUAUUGGGGGUUUGUGUUAAUAAUAAUAAAUAAAAUUCCAAUAAAAAAUUCAAAUUCAAAAUGAACUGAGGUGAGAUGUGCUUGGAAGGGGCAUGUUGGAGUUUGGGGUGGUGGUAUUUCUGACUUCCUCCUCCUCCUCCCUUUGGCAGGAGAAUCAUUGCCUCCGCAUCAAGAUCUUGGGGGACUGCUACUACUGUGUCUCUGGACUUCCAGAACCGCGGGCAGACCAUGCCCAUUGCUGCGUGGAGAUGGGCGUUGACAUGAUCGAGGCCAUUUCGUGAGUGUGAGAGGGGGAAGCAGUUUGGUUUGCGAGGGCUGCAUGCGUUCCUUGGGAUAGUCAGUGCCUCGCCAUAUGCAUGUAACAUGUUCCUUGUGACAGUUUCCAGAAAGGUAACCUUUUUAGCCUGUCACAGCGAUCUUUGGGGCACUUUUUAAAGACUAAUACAGCGUACAGCUUUCGGGUCAUGUGGCCAGCAUGACUAAGCCGCUUCUGGUGAACCAGAGCAGCGCACGGAAAUGCCAUUUACCUUCCCGCCAGAGCGGUACCUAUUUAUCUACUUGCACUUUGACAUGCUUUUGAACUGUGAGGUUGGCAGCAGCAGGGACCAAGCAACGGGAACUCACCCCGUCGCGGGGAUUCAAACCACCGACCUUCUGAUCGGCAAGCCCUAGGCUCUGUGGUUUAACCCACAGCUUAUUUCAGAUAAACUCUGGUUAAAAUGAAUUGCCAGGUUUGGAUGGAAUGUCAAGCUUGUUAAUAACAAGCUUGCCAAAUCUUCCAGUCACCCCCUCAUGGCCACUCUGGAGGAGGAAUGGAGAUUGUGUGAUCCUCACAGGUGCAGCCUGUUCCCAUCAUGAUAAGCCGUGUUUUAUCAGGAUAUCUGAAUCAGCUUACAAUGUGUGAGAUACACCAGCCAUGACUGUGGCAGUUUGCGCAUAUGCUUGACGCACAACAUACAGGUGGCAACAUCCUUCUUUAUCGCAGGUCACAGUACAGAAAGCCAAAUUCGUUACUUCUGCAUUUAUACAGAUCACUGAAUGGUUUAAAAAACUUAGUAUCUCUUUCACACUUGCAGCAAGUUGGAUCCUGGCUUGGUAAUAGCUUAUAUGAGAUAGCAUCACCAGGGCUAUGAAGCAGAAAUAUCUAAUCUCAGUUCCUUGAAAUGCAAAAUUGUGGAACUGAAUAAAUCAUACAUGUUGGGGAAGCUUCUGUUAUUCUCCCAUAAUGUUCUUAGUGUUGCUUUGGCUGGCAGUAGGGAGGGAGGUGCCUUGCCCUCCCUUUGCUUCCUGGCCAUUCCUCAGCACCCCUCCUCCUCGUCCUCAGAAUCUUCAUAAUUCACCAGGCAUUGCCUAUGUAAAGUCAGGAUUAUCUUUACAGCCAUAUGGUCUAGAAACUUCCUUUUUGCAACACCCCCACCCCCCAUAAAAGCCAAAGUCCUCUCAGGGUGUCAGUUCUCUGUGCCAAGCCCUGCGCGCUUGUGCAGUGUCACUGAAGGAAAUGAGAAAGGAGAACCCCAUGGGGUUAUCGAUGGACAGCUGUGAAACUGGAGCCCCUUCCAGGGAAUCGAAAUGCUUUAUCUAUAGGCCCAUUUUUUGUAAGACAGAAGCAUCUGUGAGGUGAAGAGGUGCGUGAUAAAAGCCAGCAAUGCCACCAGCUUUGUCCUUGCAUCGGAAGUCACGGGUGGCUGUAUUCUGUGCCCCACACUGCACCGUCCAAAAGCGGCAGCUGGUGUCAAAGCAGCAAGAUGCCUUUUGGUCCCUCAACCCUCUGGAGCAGGAAGUCUGUUGCACAAGCAGAAUUGCAUCAUUGAAUACAACCCAGUGGUUUAUCAUGGUGUCCCACUUCUGUGAGGGCUCACUCCAGUCCCAAGUAGUUGCUAUAUGUAUGUGUAGACACAUUACCCCACACACACACAAAAAAAACUAAUCUGAACAAAAACACAGAAAAUAAAAAGAAGCAUACAAAGUCUUCUUUACAGGUAAAUCUUAACUUGACCAACACAAAACCACUGAUAAAAGGGUCUAAAGAUGUGCUUUGGGUAUGGUGACAAAUUAAUCUACAGGUGCUUGAGGCUCCAUAUGCCAUAUAUUCCAUACAUCAAAGUCUUGGUGCCUACCUUUAAAGCCCUAAACGGCCUCAAAGGCCCAGUAGACCUGAAGGAGCGUCUCCACCCCCAUCGCUCUGCCCAGACACUGAGGUCCAGCACCGAGGGCCUUCUGGCGGUUCCCUCACUGCGAGAAGCAAAGCUACAGGGAAUCAGGCAGAGGGCCUUCUCGGUAGUGGCAUCCGCCCUGUGGAACGCCCCCCCCCACCAGAUGUCAAAGAGAACAACAACUACCUGACAUUUAGAAGACAUCUGAAGGCAGCCCUGUUUAGGGAAGUUUUUAAUGUGUGACAUUUUAAUGUAUUUUUAAUCUUUGUUGGAAGCCGCCCAGAGUGGCUGGGGAAACCCAGCCAGAUGGGCGGGGUACAAAUUAUUAUUAUUAUUAAUAAUAAUAAUGAUAAUAAUAACGUAUAGCCAAAGCUUGUCUAUUGAUCUUAGAUUAUUUCGUUCUCGUACCUCCAUCCCCACCCUGGCAACUUGCUUGCAGGAAGUUUCAUUGCCCAUUUUAACAUCAGUCGUCACCCUUAAGGGCAGUGGCCUGUUUUCUUGUACCCUGCAUGAAUAUGACACUUUGUUGAUGGUAUUGUAAUCAGUCUUCCCCUGUAAGCAUGACACAGACUGCGUUUCUUACUUCACACGAGUGAAUUCAUGGGUGUAUGAAGAAGGGGAGGGGUGCUUUGACACUUCCUUUCCUCCUGCUUUUCAGGCUGGUGCGUGAGGUGACGGGGGUGAAUGUCAACAUGCGUGUCGGGAUCCACAGUGGGCGUGUACAUUGCGGAGUGCUGGGCCUACGCAAGUGGCAGUUUGACGUCUGGUCCAAUGAUGUCACCCUGGCCAACCACAUGGAGGCUGGUGGCAAAGCUGGGUAAGUCCAGUCUCCAUAGGCCUGAAGAAAGGCAGGGGCAGUGAGGGCCAGUGGUCAGGUAUGAUAGCAGUAGGGAGUCCUAGAACUUGUGGCUGGAGAGCCACAAAGUCUCUGUCUUUGGAGUAAAAGGAGGGGAAAGUUGGGUUGGUGGAAUUACUAAGACGUGGCACCAUAAAGAGGAAUGAGUUGAUAGCUGGAACUGUAGGGUUGUGUCUGUUGCCUGAGACAGAUCAUGUGGAGGUGAACAGCUUGUACAUGUAUUUGUGGGUAGGCUGGAGGAGAAUUUGUGAGCUCCCCCUUGGCGGAUGUCACAAGCACUGUCCAAUAGGCGCCACCUUCCCUGUCCCAAAGGCCCUGCCCUAUCCUUGAUGCUUGGAAGUGGGGGUUGCUGUUAUCCAAAAAAUGGGGCAAGGGUUUAUUUUUAAACAGCAGCCAUUGUCUCGCUGCCACAAAGAUGCAUUUUUGCUGGGGCAACGUUGUCUGACCACCUCAGCCACCUCCACAUGGCUCUGCCCACCUCUCUGCCAGGAGAGGCCCCAUAGUUUUGCAUAAACAAGCAGCUUGGUUUGGCCAGGACUUCAGCUUGCUGGUGGCAUGAGCAAAACCAGGCUCUCUAGCUUUGGUGGUCAUGGUCUUGACCCAAUGGUGGGGAACUGGAACUGGAUCUAAGCUUGCAGGCCAAGCUUGACAGGUGGGUGGGGUGGACCACCCUGACAAGCACCUGAUAGCAAGUGGCCCAAUUUGGCCCUCUUGGUUUGGAGUCAAUCCUUGUAGGCAAAGUCACUGCCAUCGGCUUAUCCCUGGCACUCUUGCAAAGCCCUGUCUCCACUGCUUGAAGUGGCCUUGCAGGCCACAAAGGAGGGCCCGUGGGCUGGAGUUUCUCCACUACUGCAUGGGCCAGGUGUGGUGAAGGUGACCAAAGAUCUCUUCCCUUGAAGCUUCUCCAAUGGCUUUUCCCAGUUGCCACCUGCAGCCUCUUCACACUUCUAGUCCCUUCAUUCAACACAACACUCUUGACCCCAACUAUCUCCCUUCUCAUCUCCCCUUCUUGCACCCAUGAAAAGCCAUCUGUCAUUGCCUCCCCCAGUCCUGUCUCUGUGGCUUUCAGCCAUGCUGUUCCCUGUUCCCGCCUUAGUUCCUGAAGGCACACCUUCGAGGCUUUCCCCUGAUAUUCAGCUUAGUCCACUUUUGUCUUCCCUGCAGUCCUAUUGCUACCUCUUCUAAUUUUACUACCCACUUACUUUCCCUUUCUGUUCAAUUGCCCAUCGAACCUCCCAUGAGAGGUGGGAGAUUCUCCUUCAUUGGAGGUUUUAAAGCAGAGGUUGGAUGGCCAUCUAUCAUGUAUGAUCUAGUUGAGAUUCCUGCAUUGCAGGGGGUUGGACUAGAUGACCCUUGGGGUUCCAUCCAGCUCUGCAGUUCUAUGGUUCCAUGAUUCUAGCCUCUUGCUCUCCAGCUUCGUGGGCAGAGACCAAACCACUUACAGAGACCAAACCACUCUCGCGCAUAUUAAUGGCAGUUGUAGGUGUGGCUCAGAGGGAGUGGGAGAGGGGGGCUCCACCAGAUGACUUGGCUGAGUGACAAAAGUUCUGUGCUAGGCGGAUCCACAUUACGCGAGCCACGCUGCAGUACCUGAAUGAGGACUACGAAGUGGAGCCAGGGCACGGGGGCGAGCGCAAUGCCUACCUUAAGGAGCACAACAUCGACACCUUCUUCAUCGUGGGCUGCAGCCAGAAACGAGUGAGUCCUGGAGGGGCUGGGGAAGAAUAUCACAGUAAUUUGCUCUUGUGCAGGGGUCACAAAAGGCUUUCCCACCGUGGCUCUUGGGCAGGUCUCCCCGUUUUCUCUGUCUUUUUAAAGGGAAGCCUCUAGCCCUCCUAGAAAAAAGUUAUGGAGCAAAAUGUGAAUAUACCUUCUGAGGUAUAUUUUUCCUGGUACUGAGAUAGGUUCCCAGUUGCUUUUAGACUGCAAAUGUUUGUGUGUGUAAGUAGAACCAAUACUGUGUGAUCCCUCAGAAUCACAGCAGGACAUACCUCCCUUCCAUUAGUAAGUCUGAGGUGGUUGGGGGUGGUAGUCUCUAAAUUUGUGUUAUGCCACAUUCCCCACGGCAGCCAUUGUGUGUUAUGCAGUGCCCCCCCAGUGGUAGCAAUUUUGUGACUGGCACUCCCAGCAUGCUCUCAAAAUUUGAUAUGUGUCCAGUGGCCCAAAAAAGUUGCCUCCCCCCCCCUUCUCUAGGGUGUGGGGGGUUAGAAAACCUACCUGCCAGCCAGCAGGGCGCUGCUUAUGCCCUGUAGGUAUGGUUCACGGGGAAGGUGAGCAUUCUGCUAUCCAAAGCUGGAGCAGUGGAAGCUGCAACUCUGGCCGGCCAAGAUGAGCAGCCUUAUUCCAGAGGAGGGUGUUGGAAAGGGUCUCUCCCCAUGGCCCCUCCCCCCCCCCCCAGCUUCUUUGUUUGCACCUCCAUGGCCUGUUUUUCUCUCCGACAGAAAGAGGAGAAGGCCAUCUUAGCCAAGCUGCAGAGAGCUCAGGCCAAUUCUACCGAAGGGCUGGUGCCUCGCUGGGUGCCUGAGCGCUCCUUCCCCCGGACGAAGGACUCCAAGGCCUUCCGACAGAUGGUGAGUGCCAGCGAGGGACAGAGAGAGGGCUUGCUUUGGGCGCACAUCCAGCCAAGAGGGUGGGAGCAAAAAGGCAACCGGGCUUUGAUCACGUUACACACCUGCUUGCAGGUCCUGGAUGGGUAAUGGUCUGUUGUGUACAUUUUACACUAUUUAUUAUCCUUAAUGAAAUCCUAAAUAUUGAAGGGAUGCGGGUGGCGCUGUGGGUUAAACCACAGAGCCUAGGACUUGCUGAUCAGAAGGUCGGCGGUUCGAAUCCCCGCGACAGGGUGAGCUCCCGUUGCUCGGUCCCUGCUCCUGCCAACCUAGCAGUUUGAAAGCACAUCAAAGUGCAAGUAGAUAAAUAGGUACCGCUCCAGCGGGAAGGUAAAUGGCGUUUCCGUGUGCUGCUCUGGUUCGCCAGAAGCGGCUUAGUCAUGCUGGCCACAUGACCCGAAAGCUGUACGCCGACUCCCUCGGCGCCGCAACCCCAAAGUCAGCCACGACUGGACCUAAUGGUCAGGGGUCCCUUUACCUUUAUUAUCCUUAGAGAAAGAGGGGGAAGCCCCCACAAGGGCCUGCUCUCACGAAUGUUUGAGCGCAGAAGGUUGUAGCCAACUUAAGAGUAGACCUGUUACUCUUCAUGGACCUAAAUUAAGCCAUAUCCUAAUUUCAAUGGGUCUGCUCUAAGCCAGGCUAGCAUUGACUACAACCCAUGGUGACCAUGGCAAAAGCCUUGCCUGUGUGGGCUUUUCUGACUGUGUGGCAAGCUGGUCACAUGGCAGCAUGGAUCUGGUCUCUUUGGUUCUUAUUAUUGGCGCAGACGAAGCUGAUGUCUCUUAUUGAGUCCAGUAUUAAUCUACUUUGCCCAAAUUGAUUGGCAAAAGGACUUUGGGUGGGGAUCUUUCCAGGGCCGCUUAUGUGAGCUUCUUUUACUGGAGAAGCUGGGGAAUGAGCAUGGCGAAAUCUACGCAUCCAGAGCUUUUCUCCGCUGCCAUUUGGACUGCUUCACACAGGCUCUUGAUUGCCAGCCCAAGUGGGAAAAGCCUUAAAACAUCCUCAGAGUGCUUGAGAAGGGAGCCGCCAAUAACUUCCCUCUUUGGUGGCACGGGUGGCGCAGUGAAGAAAUCCUUCUUGCUUGAGUCUGUCACUUGCGGUGGAGCAAAGGAGAAAGCAUGUGGAAUUAAGGGAGAGGAUUUUUCUGAGGCUUCUGUGCAUUAAGGCUGUUUAUAGGUCAGAGCAGCACAUUGACCUGUGCCAAGGAGACAAUAGUGAGCCCUGUGCCAAAGGAGUUGGCCCAGAAUGAGGGGGGGAUGGGGAUAGGGUGGGAGUAGCUGUUUAAGGCCAUAGGCCAUAACCAUAAAGUUGCUUCCAGUGCAGUUGGAUUACCAGCCAUAAAACCGAACGUGUCACAUGCCAGAGUUACAGUUUUACCCCACUUGCAGCAAAUUGCAUCCAUGAGAACCAGGCUGUUACUGAUCCUAGCAGCUGAGAAAGCAAAUAAUGUCCCCACCCUUUAUGUGAUGUACAGAUAAUAUAUUUGAUGCUCCACAAGCAAGCUGGUUUUCUCUUUUCCUUGUGGCAUGGGCCAGUUGGAGGCUUUGGGCUGAAUCUGCUCACGUAAUUUUUCUAAGAACACGAGGAUGGCAUAAAUAAAUAUAUAUAUAAUGUGGAAGGUCCUCCUCUACCUCCCUCCCAGCUCAGCGUGAAUCUACCCACGUUACAAGAACUUCCUUGGAGACUGUUCUUCCUGAACCCUUUUGCCAUUUGAAGUAAAUUGAGGGCAGAGUUACUUGGGGUACGACCUCCUUGGUGGUGGAAUCCAAACUCUGGAAGUCCCUCCCAAGGGAUAUUCACACUUUCCCUGAUCUCUGUUAAUUUUUGCUGCUGUUAUUGGUCUAGGCUGUGCCAUCCCAGGCUGCCCUCGAAUUUGGAAGAGAAUCUCCCACCUUCUGCUAGCUUUUGGUCAUUGUUUAUUGCUGCUAACUUGAUUGAUUGAUUACCGUAUUUUUUGCCCCAUAGGACGCACUUUUUCCCCUCCAAAAAUGAAGGGGAAAUGUGUGUGCGUCCUAUGGGGCGAAUGCAGGCUUUCGCUGAAGCCUGGAGAGCGAGAGGCAUCGGUGCGCACCGACCCCUCUCGCUCUCCAGGCUUCAGGAAGCUAUCCGCAAGCCUUGCAAGCCCGGCGGGAGUUCCCGCGGGCUCACAAGGCUUGCGGGCAGCAGCCUGCAGCCCUGGCGAGUGUCCGCAAGCCUUGCGCGCCCGGCAGGAGGUCCCGCCGAGCGCGCGAGGCUUGGGGCGGCAGCCUGUCGCCCGAAGCACGGGGAGCCCUCCGGCGAGCUCGUGCUCGGCAGUGUCAAGCCUCGCACGCCUGGCGGGACCUCCCGUCAGGCGCGCGAGGUUUGGGGCGGCAGCGUGCAGCCCCAAGCACGCGGAGCCCUCUGGAGGGUGCCCCAUGCUUCGGGCAGGUGUGCGCAAGGCUUGGGGCGGCAGCUGCAGCGGGGGGGGAUACAUUUUUUUUAUUCAUUUCCCCCCCCAAAAAACGAGGUAUGUCCUAUGGGCCGGUGCACCCUAUAGGACAAAAAAUACGGUAGUUCUUGAUUAUUAUUAUUUUUUAAAAAAACAUUGUCUCCCCUCAAAUUAUAUUUAUUUGGGUUCUUAUUGUUAACCAUUGUUUAGAUGCUUUGGCUCAAAAAGGCAGGAUAUAAAUUUUCUAAUAAAUAAAAGCCUAGAUCCAUAUGGAGAUAUUGAGUAGCACCGCUUUUUAACUUUGGAGAGGAACUGGCUUUUGAAAUGAGAUGUCGGCACAGCAGAUGUCCAAGAGUCUGCUUGGGUGUUGCAGCAGACGCGAAGAAGCAUAGGGAAUCUCCUCAAUGUGUGUUUUUGAAUAUGUGUGUGGAAUGAAGCCUGCUGUCUUUCUGUCUAGGAGUACCUUCCAUGAGGACAGCAGAAGGGCAGAUAAGUAGACUACACCACCAGCCCAGAUCCAGCUAUUUACCCUGUCAACCUUUGGAGGCUAGCUGACCAAUGUUAAAAGGAAAUCUAUUGAUACCAUGCGGAUAGGGGAGAUCUGAUGCGUUGUGUCAGCACAUCAUAUUUUCCCUCGAGAUAAUCAUCCUGGGAGACAAGCUAAUUGGACAAAGGAGGUGUCAAAUAUCCAACAAACAAGAGAACAAAAAUACUUUUAGCCUUCUUCUUUUUUUGGAAAACAAAAGUUAUGGAAGGAAUUGGGGUUAAAGUAGGACAGCAUUGGUAGAGACAUAUGCUGCAUGCAGAUGGUUCCUGGCAUCAGUCCCUGGUGUCUCCAGUUAAACAGAUCAAGUAGAAAAACCUCCACACCAAUGUGGUGUAGUGGUUAAGAGCAGUGGACUCAUAAUCUGGUGAACUGGGUUCGAUUCCCCGCUCCUCCACAUGCAGCUGCUGGGUGACCUUGGGCUUGUCACACUUCUCUGAAGUCUCUCAGCCUCACUCACCUCACAGAGUGUUUGUCGUAGGAGAGGAAGGGAAAGGAUAUUGUUAGCCGCUUUGAGACUCCUUAGGGUAGUGAUAAAGCAAGAUAUCAAACCCAAACUCCUCCUCCUCCUCUUCUUUUUCUUCUUCUUCUAUUUGCCCGAGACCUUGGAAAGAGACUAGAGUUGAUAGUGCCAGGCUAGGUGUAUAAAGGGACUAAAGAGCAAGUAUGGAGUAGCAGUUAAGAGUGUUGGACUAGGGACUGAGAGACCAGGGUUGAAAUCCCCACUCAGCCAGGAAGUUCAUGGGGUGACCUUGGCUCAGUCACCUUCUCUCAGCCUAACCUACCUCACAUGGUGGUUGUGAGGAUACAGUGGGACAGGGGGAGAACUGAGCACACAACUGAGAGCUCCUCAGAGCAUAGGAAGGAUAGAAAUGCCAGAAAGUAAAUUGGCUUUCUCGGCUCCUGAAUACCUGGGGCCCAGCUCUCUCAGGGGGCGGCACAACAAGGGGCUGAGGGAAGGAAACUCUUUCAUGCUUCUGAUGGACUGUCUAAGCAGGCAGAAAUUGGGUACCAUGUCACCCCAACCCACCCACCCUGGCUCCAUGUUGGCUGAAACAGGACGAUUUUCAAAUGUCUAGAGACCCAGAUGUGGGGCAGAGCUAAAAAGUGCAGUGUUCUACAACUGGAGAAUCACAAUUGACCGUUUUAUCUGAAAACUGAAUGGGUGGGGGCAUAGUGUGGAUUCUUAAAAGUCUGACCUCUGGUGAAGAAAUGUCUAGUUACAAUACGGAUUUUGAAGGGAGUACAAGGCCUUCUGAGCUUUGCCAAAUAAAUCCGAAGCAUUUGGGUUUCUUAGGCUGUUUAAGAAAUACAACAGCUAUCAGGACAGAAGGUACUUGCUUCAGGAACUAGGAGGAUUAUUUUGAAGCAUUAGGGCUGAGGGACACAUUCACAUGUGAAAGAGCAUUUAUUACAGCCCUCUACAGCAUUUAUUACAGCUCCUACCACAGAAGGCAGGAGCAGAGUUGUGGGGAGUUGUUCCUUCAUGUGAAAACAAGUAGAACAGUUCUUCUCCAUAUUAGAGGAAAGUCUUCUGUGUGUAAAGGGUUUUUGAAGUGGUGGCUUUUGUGGGGAGCGGGAGAAUGUCCAGAUUCUCUUUUUAUGGCUUGUUGGUUGGGUGGGUGUGUUGCUAGCAGCCAUUCUGAGCUGGUGGAUUUUGCCUGGGGCAGUUUCAAUGCAGGUUGUUUCCAAUCAGGCACUCACCUGAGCGAGAGGUGUGGUGAGCGGCUAACUAGGAAGAAUUUCGUGCCUGAAUUACUCUGGACUAUCUUGCUUGGGUGGCAAGAAUGAGAGGUGCUUGUGUGCUUACUCAGUGGGUAGGGGAACCUCCCAAGGUUUUCUGGGCAUUCCUGCAGCAAAUGCCUGAGCCCUUUCUGCCCUUAAGUUACCCCAAGUUACCGUAUUUUUCGCUCUAUAAGUCACACCAGACCAUAAGACGCACCUAGUUUUUGGAGGAAGAAAAAAUAUAUUCUGAAUCUCAGAAGCCAGAACAGCAAGAGGCUGUUCUGGCUUCUGGGAUAGCUGCACAGCCUGCAUUCACUCCAUAAGAUGACACACACAUUUCCCCUUACUUUUUAGGAGGGAAAAAGUGAGUCUUAUAGAGCAAAAAAUACGGUAUCUUCUGAUAAGUAGGGCACACCUUUUCCCGCCUCCAUUUCAUCUGAACAGAUUUUAUGUUGAGAAAAUGUGCAAAAGUAAGAGGAGGUCUCUUACUUCUCAAAGGAGGUCGCCCCCUAGAUUUCUGUGCAAGACCCCGGUGCCAGUGUGCAAACCUGGUUUUGCUACUCAGGCAGAGAUGUAACUGUUGGCCUCCUAGUGGGCAGGUAAUUCUGCCAUGUUUGUCUAUACAUGGAGUGUAUUUACAUGCUCCAGUUGCACCCAGUGGAGUGAUAUAUCUGAAUUAAUUGCUCCUACUAGAGGCUGCUGCAAAGGGGCAAGGCAAGGUCUAUGAGUUUUAUUCAGCUAGGUCCUACUCGGUGUAGAACUGAAAUUAACCAACCUUUGUUACUCAUGGCUGUUAACUUCAGUGGGUCUCCUACUUUGAGUAGGACAAGUGUUGAAUACCACCCAGUGAAAUUGUGCGGAGUUGCAGUGGAUGCAUUUCCUUUGUUGCCAAGUACGGUGCGGCUCAAAUUGCAUAAAUUGUUAAGUUUAUUUCAUGGCAUACAGAUUAGGAUUUACUGAUCUAGCAUUGGAAGGAGUAAUUCUUCCCCUCCCUGUUAAUCAUCCACAUUCCCCCCACCGCCCCACCUCCCAGUAUAUGAAGUUUAGGCUGGGUCUGCCUAUGGAGCAGGAUGAGGUCUCGAGAGCUGGUACAUGUGAGGCUUGCAACAAAAUAUACAGUGGUACCUCAGGUUAAGUACUUAAUUCGUUCCGGAGGUCCGUUCUUAACCUGAAACUGUUCUUAACCUGAAGCACCACUUUAGUUAAUGGGGCCUCCCGCUGCCACCGCGCCGCCGGAGCACGAUUAUUGUUCUCAUCCUGAAGCAAAGUUCUUAACCUGAAGCACUAUUUCUGGGUUAGCGGAGUCUGUAACCUAAAGUGUAUGUAACCUGAAGUGUAUGUAACCUGAGGUACCGCUGUAGUAGGAUUGAGUGUUCCUGUUCAGGAUCCCAACCACUUUUGACCUCUUCUGUUCCCACUUCACAUGCAACUGGCCAGCAUUCUCUACCCGCUGAACAUAUUUGGGCUGCUUUGAGGGGGUUUCCCCCCCCCCCAAUAUAUAUAUAUACUGGCAAACCCUGGGGUUCUUCUGUAUGUUUAUGUGUGAAUGGUGUUAUUUUGACUACGCACGGUGUGCUCCUCGUGUAAUAAAAGAAGCAUAGCUGAGAAGAGAUCCAUUUUAACACCAGCUUCUCCCCUACUUUCUCUGUGCAUGGAGUGGUCUUCUAUGGAAAAGCUUUCAAAAACGUUCCUUCCCCUCUUGCUUAGAGUCGGUCUGCUCUACUGCCCCCGUUCUGCUGCAGGUGUCGAGCACAUCUCAAAGAGAGUCUUGGAGGAAGGUCCCUUCUGGACCCAGUUUCCUUCCCCUGCUAUCAGCCGCCACAGCCAACAGCUAUCUCUCUCUCACCCUUUUCUUCCCACCCGCCGGCACGCCUCACCCUUGGUCUUUCUAGGAGAACUGGAAUCUUUCUUCCCCUGAGUCUUUCCUACUUCCUUCCUGUGACCUCGGCACAAUGCCCUGCUUUUCUAAGUCUCCCUCCUCCCAGCCCUAUUUUGCUUCAUAAAUUGCAUGGAGCAUUGUUAUAGCAACAGUUGUUGCACAUUGGGGCAGCUAUUGUUCCCAAUUUGUGUGUGUCAGGGAGGGGGAGAUUUCGAAACUAACAUGGCUAUGACCAUUAACUUGAUGUGCUGGCUAACUUUAAGACUUUGGAAGCAUUUUUUUGUAUAUAAAAAAAUAAGUUACUACAUGUUGUUUGCUUUGUAAGAUUCUCACAAAAAGCCAAGGUGACAGCCUAUUUAAAUAGCUGGGAUACCUUAGUCGGUAGAGCAUAAGAGACUUAAUCUCAGGGUUGUGGGUUCAAGACCCAGGUUGGGCAAAAUAUUUCUGCAUUGCAGGGGGUUGGACUAGAUGACCCUUGCUGUCCCUUCCAAUUCUACAGUUCUAUGAGUCUAUGAACUGAGUGAGGCCUUAGCAUGAAAUCUACCAGCUUCUACACAAUCCUGAGAGACUUGGCUUUUAUUUUAAACAAAACAAAAGCAAGUUUGUAGCCCCCACAGCCCGUGUAUGAAUGAGAAAAUACAGAUGGCUAAGUUUUCAGCUCUCAUGGCCAGGGUGUGACCCACAAGACCCUUUUAGCUGAUCACCAAUGCUUAAGCAAACUGUGUGACAUUUUAAUUCUGAGUUUCUGCAGAACGACCUUGGCUCUGCCUCUACACACUUGUUCCACGGCUAUGAGGGCCCUUAUUGUUAGAUGUUGAUAACUUUAUCACAGAGCCUGACCGCAUCUGAAGGGAUCCGAUUGUGCCACAAAAUAUACUCCCAGCCCACAGACAUGUUUCUUGAGAAUAGAUGGCAGAUCCCCUGAUACUGAAGCUGCCUUUCCCUGGUUUCAAAACCAAAGAGUGUUGGGGGUUUUUUCAGUGAGACUUCAUGUAUUGCAACAGUUGUUUGUUCUCACUGCACCUUCCUUUUUCUGUGCUGGAAAAAUCCCAUUUGCCCUGCUUAAAUGAAACAUGGUUGUCUAGGGAUUUUAAACACUGUCAGCUCCGCAUUAAGGUUGGUUAUUUAAUGCAAUAUCUAUCCAGACUUCUUAGUCUAAGAAAUGAUAGGUCAUAGAGACUAUCUCAAUUUCUGGCAAUAUACUUGUAUGCAGAACCUUGUAGCCACUACCCUGAUUUCAAAAGUGUAAAGUGUAAAUUGAGCAAGAUUUUAAGCCAAUUUGCAUAAUUCCAGUGUUUUAAAAAAACCACCACUACCACUUAAUGUGCUCUUCUUCAUCAUAUUGUCACAGUUUGCUGGUUGCUAAGGGACGACCCGUGGUCUUGUGUCAUUCACUUUGAAGGGUUGCUGUUACUUUGCUGAUUGCUCGAUUGCAGGUUGUUGCUAUGGCACUGGUUGCUCAGUGGGUUUUGUGGUGUGGCAUCUGCUGCCAUGGCAUCCUUUGCAUCUUAGGAGGAGCUUCAUUAGCAUGGUAGGAAGGAGCUACUCUGCCAGUGGUGGCAGCCCAUUGUCUGACAUGGUUUGGUAGUGGCUGAUUGGUUGCCACGAUACUGGUGGCUGUUGCAUGAUCUGGCAGUGCCCUUUGCUCCCAGCAUCUGUUGUUGUGGUUUAGCUAAUUCAAUACAGUGGAAUGGUUUGUUGGUGGUUCUGGUGCCUCAGGAAAGUCUCUGGGCUCAGGCUUUGACUUGUGCUUGGGGUCUAGGAGUGAAGCAGUUUGGGGUCACUUCAGCCCUACAUGAAUUUCUGAGUUACUUACCUUUUCCUCUAAUUAUGGUUGGAUCACUUCCUGCUCAGAUUAAGCUCUACUUGGCCAAAGGCUUAAGGGCAAAAAAACUGUGUUAUGGGCACCAGCAACACCCUUUCCCCUAAUGCCCCACAUAUCUGCUCCCAGGUCUCACAUUCAGGUCUGGAAAGAGAUUAAAAGUGUAUUCAGCUGGAUGAUGACCAGGAACUCUGCAUGUUGGGGAUGUCACAAGGUGGGGCCAAUGUUUCUGUUAUGUACUGAAGUUCUCACCCUGGGCCAGCAGGGGGAUACUGUAGAUAGUUAUGCAAAUAAGGGAUCGAAAGUGACGUUCAGUGAUUGGAUAGUUUUAGAAAGUUGUUACAGUAACGUUGUACUGGAGCUCUAUAUAAGCAGGCUGACUGAACCCUUCAGUUCAGUUCUGUCCUGGCCUGUGAAUAAACAAGAGCUGUUUGAAGAAUCGCUGUGUCGUCUGAUAUGUUCACCCACAACUUAACAGUUUCUUCCACCCAUACACAGUCUGGGCCCUUAUGAGUUUGACUCAAGUGCCUGAACAGGACUUCAGACUUACAGCUAUCCUGUUGAAGAGGAACCUGUUAAGAUGGCCUGCUUUCAGAGGCUGUUGGAUUCCUGAUAGGCCUUGGGCAGUUUGGGGCUAGUGUUUCUGUCAAUGCUUUGCUCUGUGGAACAUGAAGGUGACUCAGACAGGUGAAAUCAUCACUCCCGCUAGAAAGAGUCCAUUUGCUCCUUGGUUUACUGCACUGGCUAGCAUGGUGUUGGCAGCAGUGAAUCCAACCAAACGCAGGUAACUGUUCAUGAUUGCCAUUAUUGACACAGUAGAUUCAGUGAAGGAACAACACUUCCCCCUCACAAUGCCAUCCACUGGAGGGUAUGUGACCUUCUCCAUCUGAGCCCAUAUCCAGGUGUUAAAGACUCCCCAGAGGCCAGCUGCGACUUAUUUGCUAAUCAUUUCAAAGGCAGAAUUGCCCAUAUCUGCACGGACUGGAAUGCCUCCUUUACUGCCGUCUCUGUGAUCAUGUUCAGAACACCACUGAGUCACAUUUUGUCGCUGAGGCCUGAGGCCAUUGACAGGCUGCUCUGAGGGAUGGGGGCAGCCUACUGCCUGGAUGCUCAAUCCUUGCCCUUCCUGGCUCAUUACAUCUGCCUGGGGUAGUUUCAUCUGCUGGGUCUAGGGGCUAAAAAUGUCUCUUUCUGAGAGAAGACUACCUUUUAAAGAAAAUCAAGGUAUAACCAUUUUAAUGCAUUGCAGAGAGUUGGACUAGAUAACCCUUGGGGUUACUUCCAGCUUUACAGUUCUACGAUUCUAUGACCAUUCUUGAUAAAGGGCAUCCAAAGAUUCCCUCCUCCGCCGCCCGACAUUACAAACAUUCCAUUUUGGGGCAAGGUUCUUGAACUGAAACUCAGUCCAGACAGGAUGGAGCUACUAUGCAUGGCUUAUCUGACCAAGAAAGUGUGGUUCAGCCUGUUCUGGCUGCGGUUAAGGAUUAGAUCUGUAGUCUUGGUAUGCUAUUUGGACUGACGUUAUCUUUUGAUGGAGAACCCAGUGGCUUUCUCGGCUUCUAGAUCCUUUUUACCACCUUGGGUGGUACACCAGAUGUGAUUUCUCCUUGGUCGAGAUUUCAAGCUGCAGUUUAGUAUGCACUGAUAACAUCUCAUUUUGAUUAUUGUAUUUAGUGUGCUAUACGAGGAGCCCCCUUAGAAGCUUCAGGUGGUUUAAAAUAUUGAAGAUUGCUGCUGGGAAUUUGGGGUUUUGGUUGUCUCUCACCAGUUUUGAAAUCAACUGUGGUGGCUUCCUGUCUGCUUCUAGGCACGAUUCAAAGUUCUGGUUUUGACCUUCAAGUCUCUAAAUGACUUGGGUGACUCUGGAAGCCCAUUUUCAAGUGCUCCCUCCAUCUAAGGAGAGGUGGGAGGGGGAGCCAAGAUGGAACUUUCUCUCUGUUUGCACCCUGUCGUUGAAAUGUGUUCCCCAAGAGAGAUUUGCCUUGCACUGACUUGGUUUAUCUUCUCAGCACCAGGUGAAUACCAUUCCCUCCCCCCAGAUCUUUUUGCUACUGCUGUGUCCUGAUCUUAAAAGGUAAAGGGACCCCUGACCAUUAGGUCCAGUCAUGGCCAACUCUGGGGUUGCGGCGCUCAUCUCGCUUUAUUGGCUGAGGGAGCCGGUGUACAGCUUCUGGGUCAUGUGGCCAGCAUGACUAAGCCACUUCUGGCGAACCAGAGCAGCGCAUGGAAACGCCGUUUACCUUCCCGCUGCAGCGGUACCUAUUUAUCUACUUGCACUUUGACAUGCUUUCGAACUGCUACAUUGGCAGGAGGUCCUGAUCUUAUGUGGUUUUAAUAACUGUAUGUUAUGCUCUGCUGUUUUAAUAUUUUACGUAGAUAUUUCUCUAUUAUUAUUAUUAUUACUACUACUACUACUGCUACUGUUAUUCAUAUUUUAUUUUUAUCCGACCUUUUCUCCAAGGAACUCAAGUUGGUAUUGAUGGUUCUCUCCCUCCGCAUUUUAUCCCGGGUUUAGGUUGAGAGGUGGUGACUAGCCCAAGGUCAGCCAGUGGGUUUCAUGGCUGAGUGGGGAUUUGGUCUCCCAGGCACUCUAACCACUAUACCACAUUAGCAGUAUUUUGGUGAAGCAAUACUUAGCAGGAUUUUAAACAACUCUCCUCCCAACCCACCAGCUGAUUGACAGGUGUGUGGUUUGGGGGAUAUGACCCCAGAGCCCUAAUUGGACCCCCUCAUGGACCAAUGCACUGGAGAUUCCCCACCGCUGUCUUAAAUAAAUAAAUAAAUAAAUAAAUAUUGCAGGUACAGUGGUACCUCAGGUUACAUACGCUUCAGGUUACAUACCCUUCAGGUUACAGACUCCGCUUACCCAGAAAUAGUACCUCUGGUUAAGAACUUUGCUUCAGGAUAAGAACAGAAAUUGUGCUCCGGUGACGCGGUGGCAGCAGGAGGCCCCAUUAGCUAAAGUAGUGCUUCAGGUUAAGAACAGUUUCAGGUGAAGAACGGACCUCCGGAACGAAUUAAGUACUUAACCCGAGGUACCACUGUAUUUUAAGACUAAUAGCAUUCCCUCACAGUUGUUAGCCAUUUCUGCACUUUAGACAUUCACAGUAAAGAUUGCGUGAUUAUAUAUUAAUGUUCUAAAAAGAUCACAAGUUCUACAUUUUUUGUGCAUAUGUAUACAAUUUUCUUAAAAUCUGCUGGGAACACUUGAACAUUUGAAUGAUAUCCACACUGUGGAGAAGUCUUCUAGCAAAGAUCUGAUGGGCAUCCAUGCUUUUGACUUUCUGGUGUCUCUUGAAUACUGUUUUUAGGCCAACAGGCUUUUGCAGCUGUUUAAUUAGCCAGUCACUUGGAUGAUUUUUUGAAUUGCUUUUAAUGGCUCUUAAUAUUUUGUUGUUGCAAAGCACCCUGGUAUUUUAAGAUAAGGUGGUACAAAAAUACUUUUAUGAAUAAAUAUAAAUAUCUGUUUCCUCUCUGUGUCUCCCUCUCCUUUCUCAGGGUAUUGAUGAUUCCAGCAAAGACAAGUGAGUAUCUUGCCUCGCUCUUGGGACCCUAGCAGGGGGUAGGGAGGCUGUGCCAGUUAGAGCCCCUUACCUGUGUUGGGACAGUCUGGGAGCUGAUUCUGCAACGAGUGGCAAAAUGAAUGUGGGGGGAGGGACUUCACCGGCAAGGCUUGCUUUACUGCCACUUGAUGCCCCCACAACUAGUCAUAAAACUGGGACAUCUUUCUCUUGCAGCCGAAGCACGCAGGAGGCCCUGAACCCUGAAGAUGAAGUUGAUGAGUUUCUGGGCAGAGCCAUUGAUGCUCGAAGCAUUGACCAGUUGCGCAAGGACCAUGUCAAGCGCUUCCUGCUCACUUUCCAGAAGCCAGAGUUGGAGAAGAAGGUACCUUCCCAUUUGCUUCUGGAGUCUUCAGCUUUCAGUCUGGACAUGGAAAUCCCACACCUCUUUGUUCCAGUUCAGGCAGAACCACCCCCACUCCCCACUGGUAACUUCCCUUUCUCUUCUCCUUCCACCCUGCAGUAUUCCAAAAAGGUGGAUACCCGCUUUGGCGGCUACGUGGCUUGCACCGUGCUCGUCUUCUGCUUCAUUUGCUGCAUCCAGAUUGUCAUCUUCCCGCAGUGAGUGACACAUAUGCAAGAGUACGUUCGUCAUGUGCUCUUUCUGCAAACGUGGUACAUAUGCAUUCAUGCCCGUGUGUGUGCAUUCAUGUGCACACACAGUGAAGGCACACGCUUCACAGGAUCCCAGUAUGUGCAGUGGGUCUGCAUCCUACACCUCUCCAUUGCUGCAUAUGGUAGCCAUAGGCGAGGUAAGGUGGCAUGUACAGAUGCAUAAUAAUAAUAAUAAUAAUAAUUUAUUAUUUGUACCCCACCCAUCUGGCUGGGUUUCCCCAGCCACUCUGGGCAGCUUCCACAAAGACCAAAAAUACACUAAGAUGUCACACAUUAAAAACUUCCCUGAACAGGGCUGCCUUAAGAUGUCUUCUGAAUGUCAGGUAGUUGUUUGUCUCUUUGACAUCUGAUGGGAGGGCGUUCCACAGGGCAGGUGCCACUACCGAGAAGGCCCUCUGCCUGGUUCCCUGUAGCUUUUGCUUCUUGCAAUGAGGGAACCGCCAGAAGGCCCACGGCACUGGACCUCAGCAUCUGGGCAGAACGAUGGGGGUGGAGACGCUCCUUCAGGUAUACUGGGCCGAGGCCAUUUAGGGCUUUAAAGGUCAACACCAACACUUUGAAUUGUGCUCGGAAACAUACUGGUCCUAAGCACACCUAGUUCUCAUAAAGGCUUAUUAUGCACUACUUGCCAUCAUGUGCCACCAACAGAUGCACAGGAGCCUCAAGCCGCUGAUUCCCAAUCAAGGCACUGUGGAAGAAAUUGGGCCAGGGGAACCUCAAAGUCAUAGGAAGCUGCUUUCUACCAAUUCCAACUAUUGGCCCCUUCUUGCUCAUUAUUGUCAGCACCAGCUAGUGGAAGCUCUCCCAAGAUUUCAGACGGGAGUCUUUCUAAUCCCUGCCUGGAGACACCAGGGAUUGAGUCCAGGACAUCCUGCAUGCAAAGCAGGUGUCAUACCACUAAACCACAGUCCUUCUCUCAACUCCAUCUCCUUGUCCACAAGUGUGGCUGCUUGAACCAAUGGGUUUCAAUUUCCAAUUGGAUAACCCAAGAUAUCCCUCAUUUAUUUAGCAAAGUCUGCCAGGAUUCCAGUCAGUAAAAUUAUUUGCUGCCACAAAUGUUUUAGGGGAAGAGGAGGGAAGGAUUUCAGUUGCAGUUAUUAGGGAGCAUAGAUGUGCUGUCUGUCUGUGAGUAUAUUUACACUUUGAACCACGACACCCAAGUUCCCCCUCUCGCCCGUGUUACACACCUGAUGCAGAAGGGGUUGGCAAAUGCCACAUGACAACAUUGUGAGAAAAGGUGAUAUGCUAGACUGAUUAAAUGUCUAAUUGGGGGAUAUCACUGAGCAAAGGAGGGGUAAAUGGGGAAGUGGGGAGACCACUGUGAGUAAAUGGGAAAGUGGGGAGAGAGAGUCUGUGGUUGUGGAGGUUUUUGCUUUCAGUCUGAUUCUUAAGCAAAAAGAGGCAGAGAAGUGACUUACCAACAAAGCCAAACUGGUCUUGGGAGUCAGGGGUCACCACAAGUGGAAAACCCACACAAUACAAUAUUUUUUAAAAAAAAUAAAUUUAACAUUCUGUCUUGCAACAAUAUGCACAAUAUUGUUAACUUACACAGUACUUCUGCCUUCCCCGCACCAGGGGCCUGGAUCUUUUUGGGACCACAAUUCUAUCAUCCCUGACCAUUGGCCAUACUGACAGGGACUGAUGGGAGUUGGAGUCCACCAACAUUUGAUGAGUGGUGGAAAGCCACACGCGUUAUGGUGUUCUCCUGACUGGUGGGGCUGAUUCUGCCUUGUCUCCCCGCAGCUCCCCUCUGAUGCUUGGCGCCUACAUCAGCAUCUUUGUCAUCCUGGCCACCAUCCUUUUUGUCUGUGCCAUCUACUCCUGCCUUGGCGUAAGUGAUUUUCUCUUCAUUGGGACCCCAUGUCUUUGUGACUCCUGACUAUCCCAAGGACUCCCUGACCUUCCCUCUGCCAGCCCUUGGACCCCACCUGGGAACACCCCUUAUGCCUUUUGAGGGUGCAGUGUGUGGGUUCAGUUUGGUUCCAUGUGCAGCUCCUGGGUUUUUGCCACAGUGUCACCCCCCUGCCCCUUAAGCCCUUGAUAUGCUGGGCUGAGCAGACAGGCCUGCUGUCCUGGUGUCAGGCUUCUGUCCAUUUAAGGGUGAGGAAAGGCAAAGCAAGUCAGCAGCCAGGAGGAGAAGGGUCCCUUAGCUGCUCAGGCCAAUGAACAAGCUGGGUCUGGAAGGUUUUACAUGGAUCUGAGAGUAUCUUCUGACCACCUCUGGCCUACUGUAGCUAAGAGGCUUUCUGGCUAAUCUCCCUGCAGUUUCCUCCUCAGACCAGUCAGAACACAGGAAGCUAACUUCUGUACCAAGCCAGACUAUUUGUUCUCCUGGUGCUGCCCUGGCUGGCAACUGCUCCCUAUGUUCCCUAAGGUCUCUCAAACCUGCUCUGUUCAACUGGUCAUACCAGGGAGUGGGCCUGGGACCUUCUCCAUACCAAGCAGGAGCUCUGCCGCUGAGUGUGCAAGCUAAAUCCCCACCUGUUAUCGCCUGGGUUCAGAACGUGCUGUGGGUUUGAAUGCUAACACCUGAUUCUGGUGUAACCAGGCUGGUGUGGAUGAGGGGGCAGUCAAGGCUUGUUCUAGCCUCUUGGGCAUAAUGGGGUGUGUGGUGGUGGCCCCCCCAUCUCAUACGACCUCUUGUGACUCCCUACAGCCUUUUCCAGCCGCCUUGCAGCGUGUCUCCCGCAAGAUUAUCCAGUCCCGAAUGAACAGCACGAUUACUGGUGUUGCUGCCAUCCUGCUGGUCUUCAUCUCUGCUUUUGUCAACAUGGUAUGAGGGUUGGGAGGGGUGGGCAGGUCUUGCAGUGAGGCCUUGACUGGUGUGGGGACAGUUGAGAACCAAGGCGAUAUGGGAGUCAGGAAAGAGCACAAAGGAUGCUCUAGGCUGGAGAUACACACGAGAGGGGGGGGGGGACUAAAGUGGUUUGAGGGAGUUAUGCACACGCUCCUCAUGUCCUGCUGUUUCCCCGGAUCAAGCAGGUGUUUGGAACAGUACAAAAUUGUAUUUACCAGUGGGCAAAAGUGGGAAGAAAGUAUACAUUAUGAGCAGCAGUCCCACUUCCAACCCUCUCCGAACCUUCAACUCUCCGAAGAACCCUUUGUCUGUCUCCGGCCCCAGAGCCCAGGCAUUGGCUCUCCAUUAUCCUGGUUGCCAUAAGUCUCUGGCAUUGGGUGGGAUCGGACAAGCCCAGAGCAAACAAGAGCAGCAUUGAGUUCCCUGUCAGCCCUACAUAGUCGGCCAUUUUUCCCCCCUCAACCCAGUUUGCUUGCAGCCGGCUCCGCCUCCAAGACUGCGCUGCCGGGUUUCUCAACAUUACUCCAGCCGCCGUGGGGCCCUGCCACCUACAUGCCCUCAACUACUCAUUGGCAUCAGACACUCUGCCCUGCCAGGGAAAUGGCGCUUCUAGCUGCAGCUUCCCUGAGGUACGUGUAUUUCAGAAAGAUCGGGGCGGGGGGUUGCAUGAGGUGUGAAGAGUUGUGGGUGGGACUUGGGGGUUCAGUCACUGGGCCUGGGGUCAGCAUUUACCUCUAAGUCCAAGGAUGGUCUCUCCUCCCUUCCUUUACAUCCUUGCUCCCACAGAGUGCCUUGAUAUCUUGUGGGUUUGUGGCCCUGACCGGGCCUUGAAGGUUGCUCAAGUACAGUGGUGCCUCGCAAGACGAAAUUAGUCCGUUCCGUGAGUCUCUUCGUCUUGCGGUUUUUUCGUCUUGCGAAGCACGGCUAUUAGCGGCUUAGUGGCUAUUAACGGCUUAGCGGCUUUAAGAAAAAGGAAACAAACUCGCAAGAACUCGCAAGACGUUUCAUCUUGCGAAGCAAGCCCAUAGGGAAAUUCGUCUUGCGGAACGACUCAAAAAACGGAAAAUUCUUUCGUCUUGCGCGUUUUUCGUCUUGCGAGGCAUUCGUCUUGCGAGGUACCACUGUAUGAAAUCGGAGGUGGGUGGCAUAUCUGUGAAGACAGGAGGAGAAUGUAACACAAAAGGAUCCUGCUGGAUCAGACCAAAGGUCAAUUGACUAUCCUGUUUCAUGCAACUCAGGUGCCUGUGGGAACUCCACAAGCAAGGCACGAGGGCGAUGAUCUACCCCGGUUGCUUGUCUGUGGAUAGUGGCUGUUGGUAGAACCAUUCUCUGUGAACUUAUCUAAUCUCUCUUUUAAAAAAAACCUUGUGGCAGCAAACACUGUCCAAAUUAAGAGUGGGGAGAAGGAGAGGUCACACUUGUCUCAAGAGAAUGAGUGUGGGCUUUGGGGAGCACGUCUAGUUGUUGUAAGGGGCGUCCUGACAUCUCUAUCCUUUCCUCCCUGCAGUACUUCACUUACUCGGUGUUGCUGAGUCUACUGGCUUCCUCUGUUUUCCUGCACAUCAAUAGCCUUGGGAAGCUGGCGUUGCUGAUAGGGAUGGAGGUGGUGUACCUGGCCGUGGCCGAGGGCCCCCAGGGGGUGUUGUUCAACAACUACGACCUGCUGGUGGCAGCUAAUGCCCUGUAAGAAUCCCCCCUCCCCUCUGGGACUGGAAAAAUCUCAAACCUUCAGCCCUGGGCCCUGAAGUUGUCUGGGUGAUUUAAAGUGGGGAGGGUCUUCCAGCUUUCACCCUGCGUUUGUUUUCUUCCAUGUUGCCCUCAAAUUUAACUUUUCCAAACAGCCACAAGUAACCGAGAGAAAAUGGGCCCAGCUACAAACCACCACAAUAGCAAAUAACAUCAGAAACAAAGAUGAUAUAGCACUGUCACUUUACACCAGAGGUGGUGGUUAUGUGGCCCUUCAGAUAUCAGCUGAAUUGUGGAUUCCCAAAGGUUCUCAUUCAUGCAUUAUCUCAUGAGAGGGUCUUUUUAUUCCUUUGGCACUUUUCCCACUUAAAAACAAAAACCCAGCCAGCUCACAACAUAGAAAAUCCAUAAUUGGCACUGGAAGAUAAAACAAUAUGCUCUACAAUAAUUGACAGACUUAUUCCAUUUUAACAUAUGUUGUCUACAAUUACAAUCCUUAGAUGUUAUAUAAUAAGUUCAUUUUGCCGCUACUGCAUAAUCCCGUAUCUUAUUAUGCAGUUCUUUAAUCGUCGGGAGCUGUAACCAUUCUCCUUUUAGCUACAUGUAAGAUCGUAGCAGCUGCUAGCAAGUAAUAAAUCAUAUCCUUAUGUUCUUCCUUCACUGACCCUUCUGAAUAAUCCAGCAAGAAUAUGACCGGAUGCAGUGGGACUUUGUAUCCAAAAAUUCUUUCGGAAUGAACUUGAACCCAUUCUUCCUGAAUAUUUCUUGACUUGUUCAUAUUUCUACCAUGUGUGGAAAAAUAAGCCAGCAAGCCAUCACUGGGCAAACUGCUUCUGUAUUUUCUGUGCCCACCUCCCCCCACCUUGGGUGCCCACAUCUUUUUCCCCACCCAGGGAGAGGAGAGAGCAGCUUCCUCAGGAGGGGGGAGUUUUAAAGCAGAAAAAUCUAUUUCUGGGUGAAAGGAGUAAGAACAUCCCUUCCUCUGAGAAAAUAAUUUGCUUCAAAUUAUAUACGGAAGCUGCUCUAUUAGCUAAGAAGUGAAAGAAAGGAAAAAACUGUAACUUAAUGUUGCAUAUUUUUAUUAAACAAAAUUUAUAUACCUCUGGAUUGUAAUAAAACUUGGAAGUGGUUUACAAAAAAUAAACCAGGCAUAGGCAAACAUGAUUUGUAAACAACUAAAUUUGGGGAGCAGAGAAAAAGGAAACCGCGCUGAGUCUGCGGUGUUCUAUAAAGCUCCAGAAACCUCUUAAUUGUGAUCCAUUCUAUGUGGACAUGGGUGUUAAACUAAGGAGGAGGCUACUUAGUCUCUUCCCAUUGCAAGAUACUUGGGUCAGAAUUCAGGUGCAUCAUCUACUACCAGAAUCUUCAUUGUCUCCCAGCCCAUUUCCCCACUUCUAAGCCGCCCUCAAUCUCAUUUGCCUUGCAUUGUGGGAGGUGGUUUGGGGUGUUGGUAUUGGGUGACUUGGGCCUCUCUCUAUAAAAAUUAUUCUCUCCCCCUUCUCACAACAGGCCAGCCUUCAAUGAAACCCAGAGUAGUCAAGAUUGGUGAGUUGGAAGCCAAUUUUGGUGUGGUUGUGGGGAAUGGAGGGUUGUGGUUAUAAAGGCUACCUAGAGGUUUGGUGGUGCUGUGGGUUAAACCACAGAGCCUAGGACUUGCCGAUCAGAAGGUUGGCAGUUCAAAUCCCCGUGACGGGGUGAGCUCCUGUUGCUCGGUCCCAGCUCCUGCCAACCUAGCACUUUGAAAGCACGUCAAAAUGCAAGUAGAUAAAUAGGUACCACUCCAGCGGGAAGGUAAACGGCAUUUUCGUGCGCUGCUCUGGUUUGCCAGAAGCGGCUUAGUCAUGCUGGCCACAUGACCCAGAAGCUGUACGCCUGCUCCCUUGGCCAAUAAAGCGAGAUGAGCCCUGCAACCCCAGAGUCGGUCACGACUGGACCUAAUGGUCAGGGGUCCCUUUACCUUUACCUUAGAGGUUUGGUGAAGGUGUUACCAAAGCUUUGGAAAAAUUAAGUGUACAGCAAGGGGGUACAGGUGACAUCUCCAGAUGUUGUUGGACUACAACUCCCACCUUUCCUGACAAUAAGCCAUACUGAUGGGAGUUGCAGUCCAACAAUAUCUGGAGGGUACUAGUUUGGGGAAAACUGUCCCAAGGCUGUUUUUUAGGGUUUGGGAGAAUGGUAGAUUCUGGUUUUUAGAAGUCUUUUGGAUUUGCAAGCAUCAGAUUGUGCUGUUUUGAUUAUAUAUUGUGAUGCUAUAUCAGUAACAAUGUGACAGAAGCACUAUAUAGGUACCUGCCCUGAGGAGCUUACUGUCCAAGUUUAGAGGGGAGGGGAGAGAACCUAGCAAUGGUGAAGCAAUGAUAGCAAGGGACAAAUAUACCGGUAAGGAAAUGCAGUUACAGUGGUACCUCUGGUUACGUACUUAAUUCGUUCCGGAGGUUCGUUCUUAACCUGAAACUGUUCUUAACCUGAAGCACCACUUUAGCUAAUGGGGCUUCCCGCUGCCACUGAGCUGCUGCCGUGCAAUUUCUGUUCUCAUCCUGAAGCAAAGUUCUUAACCCGAGGUACUAUUUCUGGGUGAGCGGAGUCUGUAACCUGAAGCGUAUGUAACCCGAGGUACCACUGUAUAUGUAGUUAGGUUUAAGUGAUAUAUAUACAUAAAUCGUUGAGGUGAAAUGAAAUUUAAGCAAAUUAUAUAUGGAUUUUGUGUACCACUUAAUAUAACAAUCUCUGAGUGAUUUGAAUGAAAAUGCAUUAUUCGGUGAAAGGUUUUAUCCAACUUAUACUUGGAGUAGACCCAUUGAAAUUAAUGGACCCAAGGUAGUCAAGUCUGCUCCGAGUAGGAAUAACUUGGCUACAACCCAAAGCUUCCUAAGGAAAGCUAAAUAAAAACAAGACGUAACUGCGUACCACAAAUAAAAAAAAAUUAAAACUGGAGUCACAAAUAACAGCUUUUAUUUCAGCUUGGGAUGGCAGCUAAAGGGAAAUGCCAAAUGCUUUGUGGAAGCGAUGGACUUUAUGGAGUAACAACGGUGGUUUAAUUUUUCCUCAUUUUCAUUUAUAUUCCACCUUCUGCAUGUAGCACCCAAGCCAGAUAGCAAGCAUGUAAUGACAGUGCAUUUGGGUUGUCCCCUUGGUGUCAUGGCAGGAAGGUACGCCAAGCAUAAGGGACAGAGAGGGAGAAUGGGCUGAGUUUGGUUUUUAAAGAGCAGGGGGCUUCCCUAGGCUGGGGGAGGAAGCAGAGCAAAGGGGUUGUGUCAGGGCUGUAUUGGGCACAGGAGCGCAGAAAGAUAACAGCUUGCCUUUACUCUCUUUUCUCCUAGUUCUGCCGAGGGGAAAGUGGCCCUACAGUACAUGACACCUGUCAUCUUGCUGCUCUUUGCUUUGGCACUCUAUCUGCAUGCCCAGCAGGUGGAGUCUACGGCCCGGCUGGACUUUCUCUGGAAACAACAGGUAGUGGAGGGUGUGAGGUUUCUGCCAAGGCUGGGAUGACUCUGGAGAUCUCCUGGUGCCAGUGAAUUCCAAAGGAUGCUGUUAGUUCUUGCUGUUUACUCAGCUCUUUGGCAUGCCUUCUUUAAUUGGCUCUGAACUACUUAGUUUGGUGCUUUUAUAAAUUCAAAGUUAUUUUAAGGGGCAUUUGCUUUAUUUUUGUUUGAUUGACUGGGAUGCUCCCUCUGAGGGUGUGAGAGUCAAGCCUAUGGGUGGCUGUGUCCAGAGACCCUUCUACCCCAGAGUGAGAGGAAGAACUUGAUCUCCCCAGGGGAGAUAGCGGGAGAAGGUGUUUGUAUAGCCCCGAAGGUGAGAGAUGGAGAUGAAAUGAUUGGGGGAGGAUUGGCUUUCUCCUGUUGGAUUCAUAUGUGAUUAUGGGUUGUUGAGGGUUUCACUGGAGUGAGAAUUGAGAGGAUGGAAUGAUGUGAUGGGUGUAAUGACAGCAUGGUUCUUGAAUUCCUGAAUUGUAUUAUUUCGUGUGAGGAUCCUUUUAUGUAAUAUUAAUGUGAUUAUAUAAAAUGCACACACACACUGUUGUAUUUUGUUGUGUAUUUUGUUGUAUUUUUGUGUUGAAUGAUGAUGUAAAUGUCUCUGAGAUUCAUCGAAACAUAAAGCAUAUAUAAGUUAAAUAAAUAAAUGGUAGGAAGGAGAGUGACUGGUACGGCGUCUCUUGACUAGGGGUGUAAGCUUCUGUGGUUUAAGAUUAUGGCUACUGACAGUGCAACAGGUGAGGAAACCUGAAGCUGAAGAGUGGAUUGAGCAAGAUCUUUUGUUAGUAGUGGUGAGUUUUUGUCCCAAACAUUGCUCUUUCCCCCUCUCUGUGACUAGCAGGAAAGACUAAAUUAUGCAGAUAUGUGCAGUCCUGUUGGAUGUACAGAACUUCUACAGGUUGCAGAAUUUGUGUGUGGUGCAGGCUGGGCAAAACUGUGGCCCUCCAGAUGUUGGGACUCCCAACUCUUGUCAUCCCUGACCACCAGCCUUGUUUGCUAAGGCUGCUGGGAGUUGGAAUCCCAAGAACAUCUGGAGGGCCAGUACCUUCAACAGCGGAAGUUCAAAAGGCUUCAUGAAAUUGCACGUCUUGGAGAAUUGGUACCCUCCUCAUUUCGUUCCUGUGUGACUCUCCCAGGCUACAGGUGAGAAAGAGGAGAUGGAGGAGCUUCAGGCCUACAACCGUCGGCUGUUGCACAACAUCUUGCCCAAAGAUGUGGCCGCUCACUUCCUGGCCCGCGAGCGCCUCAACGACGAGUUGUACCACCAGUCGUGUGAAUGUGUCGCCGUCAUGUUUGCCUCGAUCAGUAACUUCUCAGAGUUCUACGUGGAGCUGGAAGCCAACAAUGAAGGCGUUGAAUGUCUGCGGCUACUCAAUGAGAUAAUUGCUGACUUCGAUGAGGUAACCGCGUGUCUUUUGCCUGCAUUGGGUUGGAAAAAGGGAGGUACCAAAGACUGGCAGAGGUUGAAAGAUGAGUAGGUUCCCCCUCCUCCCCAAAACAAAGAUGCUGGAGGAGGACAUGUUUCAGUUUUGAAAGUGCCACGUGAAUGAAUAUUUGAUAUUUGUUAGUCUUCCUUACUGUUUUGUGGUUUAGUAUUGUUUUUAUUGUGAAUUACACAGGGAGCGUCACCAUAGUCUUUUCUGUGCUGCAUAGGGCCUCUAGGGGUCUUAAUCCGGAUCUGGCUCUGUGCCCACUAGGGGGCCCUGUGCCAGGGUGAGGUUGGUGCUCUCUGCAUGGCAUUCUUCCGAGAAAGGCUCUCACCUAGUGCCGGGCAUUUGCACGAGUACAGAGCAGAAAUAGGAGAGACUUUUGAGAACCAAGGCAAAAUCUCUGCCGUUCAGGAGAAGUGCGGCAGUGGCCAUGGAAGGUUUUAAAACAGUAGAAAUAUAUUUUAAAAUUUUAAAAAAUUGUCCAGUAACACCUUAGAGACCAACUAAGUUUGUUCUUGGUAUGAGCUUUCAUGUGCAUGCACACUUCUUCAGAUACACUGAACAUAGCUGUCAACUUUUCCCUUUUCUUGCGAGGAAUCCUAUUCGGAAUAAGGGAAUUUCCCUUAAAAAAAGGGAAACGUUGACAGCUGUGAGACUGAAAGAGAAGUCACCAGACCUUUAUAUACAGUGAGAGGGUGGGGAGGGGUAUUACUCAGAAGGGUGGUGGGAAUGGGUGAUUGGCUGAUAGGUGUGGUAAACCUGUUGACGACUGUUAACAACUGCAAUUGGUCUUACAGGAAAAAGCAAGGGAUGAGAUAACUUUAUCAGGUAUAAUGAGAUAAGAAUCCAAUGUCUCUAUUCAGACCAGGUCUCUCCAUGGUUUUAAGUUUGGUAAUAAGUUGUAAUUCAGCAACUUCUCUUUCCAGUCUAUUUCUGAAAUUCUUUUGUAAUAUGACAGCUACUUUGAGAUCUUGUAUAGAAUGUCCUGGGAUAUUGAAGUGUUCUACUGGUUUCUCUGUCUUGUGAUUCCUGAUGUCAGAUUUAUGUCCAUUUAUCCUUUGGCGUAGGGUUUGGCCUGUUUGUCCAAUAUAGAGAGCUGAAGGGCACUGUUGGCAUUUGAUAGCAUACACAAUGUUAGAAGAUGAGCAUUUAAAUAGUCCUGAGAUGGUAUGUUUGAUGUUGUUAGGUCCAGUGAUGGUGUUGUCUGGGUGUAUGUGGCAGCAAAGUUGGCAUCUGGGUUUAUUGCAGGCUCUGGUACCAGUGUCCAUGUUAAGUCUGCUUGCUGUAUUAUUGUGGGUGAGGAGUUGUUUAAGAUUGGGUGGCUGUCUGUAGGCAAUGAAAAGUCUUCCUCCCAGAGCUUGGGAAAGAGAACUGUCGUUGUCUAGGAGAGGUUGUAACUCUCUGAUGAUGCGUUGAACUGUUUUAACUUGGGAGCUGUAUGUGUUUUAAAACAGAUGUGCAAUUUUGAUGAAAGGAGACUCUCUCAGCAUUCGUAGAAAUUACCUUCCAUUGCUUCUUUCUGUAGAUUAUCAGUGAUGAGCCAUUCAGGCAGCUGGAGAAGAUAAAGACGAUUGGCAGUACCUAUAUGGCGGCUUCAGGGCUGAAUGACAGCACGUAUGACCGCGAGGGGCGCUCCCAUAUUACAGCGCUGGCAGACUAUGCGAUGCGGCUCAUGGAGCAGAUGAAAUAUAUCAAUGAACACUCAUUCAAUAACUUCCAAAUGAAAAUUGGUCAGUGGAGCCUGGGAAGGGUGGGCGGGUGUUCCACAUUGGGGGGAGAGAUUGGGUGUCCUUAAGGCAAGUGGCUUGGCUGCUCAGUUUUGACUGAUUUUCCUUUUCUGCAUCCCUUCUUCCCUUCCCAUUUCUUCCAUAGGGCUAAAUAUUGGGCCAGUAGUGGCUGGGGUGAUUGGCGCCCGAAAGCCACAGUAUGACAUUUGGGGCAACACGGUGAAUGUCUCUAGCCGUAUGGACAGCACUGGUGUCCCUGACCGUAUUCAGGUGAGAGCGGCAAUGGCAUGACCUGUUUUGACUAUGGUUAAGGUUGCUGGCAGGCCCAUGUAGAGGUCGAGGGUGCAACCUGGUACGCUUGCCUCCAGCCAGGGACCCCGCCAGGGGGCCUGCCUGACUUACACUGUCAUGCGAAGAACAAGACCCCCAUCGCAGGCCUCAUGGUUGCCAGGAUUUAACCUUGGAAGUCUACUUCCUUAGGAGAGGUUCAAUAGGUCUGUAAUAAUAUAAUCUAUGCCGAGCGGCUUAGUCACAGGAGUUCUAACAAAAAAAGUAUAUAGCCCAUGCAAAGUUAAAACAGUUAAAAAUCAACAAAACAGCAAACCUUACAAAACAAGCAGCAACAUUGAACAGCAAGAUUCACUCCACACUAGCACCCAUCGUUUCUGCAUCUAAAAGCCCUACUAAAAAGAGAUGAUGUUUUGGGGUUGGUUUGUUAAAAGUUGGAAGGGAGUAGUGUCCAAACAAGCCUUCUUCCUUAAGAAAGAGUUCCCACCUGAUCUGAUAGCUGAGCUUCAAAUGUAAGGACACCCUAACUAGGACCAUCUUGAAGAUUCUCCUUAAGGACAAGGGACAAAUGUUUAGAAGGAGGCAAACCCAUCUAUCCUGCUCCUGGGGUCAUUUGAACCUUAAGAACACGGUGCCAGCACUUUGAACAGCUGCUGAAUUUCUGGGUAGCAAUUUAAGAAUAAAAACGAUUUCUUUUCCGUCAAGGAUGGCAGCCCUGCUGUUGAUAGCUAGCAUUUUCUCAAGGUGGGGGCAGCUGUGACACAGCCCACAAAGAGAUGGUGGGAUAUUUUUAAGACCCAGCAGCUGGAACACCUGGAUUGGAGUGAGGAUUGUUGCUGACUCAUUCCUGUGCCACCAUCACCAUUGAUUGAUUGAUUGAUUGAUUGAUUGAUUGAUUGCCAAUUGUUGGGAGUCAUUUCUGGUGGAGGAAAAGCUUUCCACCCACCGCUUUGAAAUUGUUACUUGCUGCCAGUUUUUCCUGGCAAAUGUUUUUUUGGGGGGGGGACUAUUGGGGCUGGUGGGAAAAGCUGGAUAUUCUGUCCAGAGGAGACUUCAGUGAGAAGAGCAGCAAUUCAGGCUUUGUAGUGAGCUGCCUCAGAGACCAUGGGAGUGGGAGUGGCGGGAUAUCCACAUUUCUAUUAAAUAAUAUUACGGGAGUAUUGUGUCAGUAAGGCUCCCUCUGCUGACCACUUCUGAAUAGUUCUGGUUACUAUAUGAGAGUAAGAACUCAUUUUCCAGACCAAGCCAAAAGUCCCACCUAGGCCAGCAUUCCCUUUGCAGCAUGGUCUACGAGACGCUUCCAGAGAUUCCAUGUGCAGCACCUAAAAGCAGCAGCACCCCCUUGUGGCCUCUGUGUGUAUAUUGCCUCAGGAUGUUCCACUUGUUGCCACUAAUAGUCACGGGUAGAUCCAUCCUCCAUGAAGCUACCUAAUCUAUUUUUACAGCCAUCCAAGUGGGUGGCCAUCACAGAAUCUUGAGAUAAUGAAUUCAUGGGGUUGUAUUCACCAAGGGAAAUAGUCUGAAGACAGGAUGAGUUAGUAUCAAUUGGCGGAGCCCUUGCUUGUAGACCUAGUGGCUAUACCAAAAGCAAGGCCACCUUCCUUUCUGAUACGAUACGAUACGAUACAAUAUCUUUAUUGUCAUUGUCCCUUGCGGAACAAUGAAAUUGGAAAACUACAUAAAACUACAUAAAAACUACAUAAAACUACAUAAAACUACAUAAAACUACAUAAAAACUACAUAAAACAUUCAAAACCCCUAAAAACUCUAAAACCCCAUUUUAAAAUACACUAUACUACAGAGACCCCUUAUGCUGCGUUUAGAACCAGAAUUGCAUUAGCGUAGAAACUGUUUUUCAGGCGGCUAGUCCUGGCCUUUAUAGCCCUAUACCUUCUUCCAGAAGGCAGAAGAGAUCAUUUCCGGGGUGCGUACUAUCAUGUGCUAUCUCUGCCGCCGCCUUAUGGCACCUGGCAGCAUAGAUUUGAUCUAAGGUGGGAAGAGUGCACCCAAUAAUUCUCUCUGCAGUCUUUACAACCCUGGAUAGCAUUGUUUUUUCCCUGGCCGUGCAGCUCCCAAACCACACGCACAGACCAUAAGUUAGUACGCUCUCCACAGUACAAUGGUAAAAUGCCAUCAACAGGUCCUUUGAGAGAUUGUUUUUCCAGAGGAUUCUCAGAAAUGGUCCUUCCCUGGGGACACAGAAAGCCUACUAAAGCCCUGAACCUCAAUACUUUGGGACUAGGUCUCUUGUAAGCCAAAUAACUGAAAUGGAGACAAAUGCUCAAAAAAAACCCCAAAUCCCAUGACUUAGGGUUUCCAUAUUUCAAAAAGUGAACAUCCGGACACAAAAGUUGUUGAGCUUUUCCUGGCAAAGUUGUUGAGCUUUUCAGGCCAUUUUUCAAUGGCCAAAUCCCAGCAAUGUCCAGGGAAUUCUUGAUGUAUGGCAACCCUACAUGACUUAUUAGCCCAAACUGAGAUAUUCCAUGACAGGUAUUUCAGAGGGCCUGCUAUGGUUUUUCUGGGUGAUUUAAACCCUGGAUGUUGUGGCAAAAGAUUUGUUUCUAUAGUAUCUCUAUGUCAGUUCCAGUGUAUUUGCUGGAUCAUUGCAUUGCUUAAAUGUGCACUAAUUAUGCCAGGCUUGGGCAGGGUGGGGGCUUCCUUGGCUUCCUUGCUGUCCUCAGUCACAAACUGCUUGCUGUCAAAAACAGCAGGAUUCACAUGUUUGGCUUUAUUCAGCAGUCUGGCUUUCCCCCUCUCACCAAGGCAGGGCAAGAAGGCAAUUUUUGCUGAUCGCAACUUCCCUCUGCAGCCUCCUUUUACCAUCCAAAUUUUGCUCCAGAGGAUUUGGGGACCCUUUGGAACAGUGCUGGGGGACGGGGAGCUAUGACUGCAGGAUAAAGGGGAGAAUUUGUGGAAAGUGCCUCCCACUCCCAUGUACAGAAUCCUCUUCUAGAGCAACAGGCUUUCUGUGAGCAGAGGGACAAAAUUGGAAACUCAUAAUUCCACCUGCCCAGAACUGCGUGUUCCCUUUCCUCCUAACACUUGUUGUUCCCCUUCUCUAGGUGACAACUGACCUAUAUCAGGUAUUGGCAGCCAAAGGUUAUCAGCUGGAGUGUCGCGGGGUCAUCAAGGUCAAGGGCAAAGGCGAGAUGACCACCUAUUUCCUGAAUGGAGGCCCGACCAGUUAGCAAGAAAAGAGCCUUUGCUUAACAAAGGGACCUAUUAAGCUGGGCUCAGUCAGGCACCAUGGGGUUGAUUGGUUCUCUGUCUUUCUCUCUUUGCUCUGGAUUUUGGAACACACCCUCCUAAAAAGGGAAAAACCCCUACAGCUUCUGAAAUGGGAUCCUUGAUAGUCUUGGAAACAGAAGAGAUGUCAGGGGGGGUCGCUUUACCCCAUACAAGACUUAUUUUUUAUUUAUUUGGAGCAAAGCCUAACUUGGAGUGCCUCCUUUUGGGCCCGUGUGGGUGCUAUUUUGGGGUAAAGUUUGUUGUGAACCUUCUGCCGCUCUUGGGAUCGACCAAAGGACCUGGUGAAGGGAGGUUGCAGUAGGGGUUAGAAGACCCCACCCUUGUCUAUCUGUGGAUCCAGAAAGCUGACAUUUUGAUUUUAUUGUUGAAGGGAGGCUAUACCCUUUUCUUUCUGCCCCGCCUCCACCCUGAAGCAUUGCUCAGAUGUUUUUUGAGCGGGGCUCCAUUUUUCUCAUGGCGCCAUUUUGCUGAGACUUUCCAGAAGCGCAGCGACGGCACUUUUCUCCUGGGGGAGGUGACUUUCCCCCAGUGCGUUUUGUUGGUCACAUCUCUCAGCAAACACCCACUCUGUCUUUUUGUUCCUGUGUGUGUGUGUGUGUCUUUCUCUCACACACAUAACACGCUGUCACAAACUCACUGUGAUGUUUCGGAAUAUCUCUCUCUCUCUCUCUCUCUCUCUCUCUGAGGGAUUGUCAUUUGGGGUACAGUUCUUAUUUGCCAAAUUGCUAUGUCUGGUUGGAAUGAAGGGGAGUGAUGACAAGCACUUGGGGUGCUUUGAGAGGGGGGAAAUGGGACGGUGGCUGGGGGUUGUGGUUUUGAUGCCAAAGAGACGGGAAGGAAACAGGCCUUCUUUCCCCUGCCUCCCCCGCCACUCCAUCUCCUGUAAUAGCCAGGGAAAGAGGUUUUGCUGCCCUGUGGAGAUGCAAACCUGCCUUAGGUGCCUGAAGUAAAGGGGACGGAUUGUUUUGUCUGCAGCCCUCCCCUUCCACCUUUCUGCAGAUGGGAGCUUCUUGCCUACUCACUUGGGACCCCAAAGUAGAAAUUAUUUAACAGGAGCUGGAAUUGGCAGACAGAGCAAGCUCCUUCCUUCUAGCCCACUCUCAUGGAUCUUUUGCUAUUAAGUGCCAUGUCUCUUCUCCACUCACCCCGCCCCCUGUUUUAUCCAUCUUUUAGGUUUGGUCAAGUUGGUUCUACUGACCUUGAUUCUGGGGGGUGUGAGGGUAUUUUCCCGUCUUUCUCAUACAUAUGAUAUAUGUAGCUCCACAAAAAUAAUAAUGUACCCGCCCCCCUUCUGCUCUUUAUCCCAGAUGUUGGAAGGCUUGAGGGUAGGUGGGUGUGCUUAUCCUAAGCAAAGUGGACUUCCACAAAUUUGGGGUCUGGCUGCCCUAGUGAAUGUUUGCUCUGGCCCUCCUGAUUGGCAGGAAACGCAGUAGAUGACAAAAUCAGCAAAGUGAGAGCUCUGUGUUAACUGCCAGAUUUAAGUUGGCGAGAACAUGGCACUGAGGUGGAAGAGGAGAAGAUCCUGGACUCCUUUUAUUUUUAUUAGCCUAGGUGGGUGGGAAAGGGGAUCUAUUUGCACCAAAGUACUAACUGGUCAUAGGAACUUCAGAAACCAUGUGUAAAAAAGAUUUGAAAGAGAGCUCACUGCUGAGUGGUGAAGGUGUGCUGAAAAGAAGUGUGUGACUGUUUGGUGUAGAAGGGCACGUCCAUGUGGUCAGUAGCUGGCACGGCUGGCCAAUGGCACAGUUAUUGAGCACUUGCUAUUUCCCAGAUCGAUGGGGUUGUGGCUGCCAUUUUGAAAUGCUCCAUCUACUUCUCUAGCCCCUGUAGGGGCACCUUGGAUAGUGCCUGCUUACAUUCUGCCUGUUUCCUCUAUAAUUUCCCCAUUUUAUGCAGCGGGUGCAAUUCCCCCUUUGGAGGAACCACCUUUGGCCUAUUUUCACUUGACCCUGUUCCAAGGUGUCUUUUAUCUGCAGCUGUGGACUGAAUUGGUUGCAAGCAUGUGUAUGGGUAUGUCCCACCCACUAGAUAUGAGAGGUCUUGUCCCUCUCAUAUCUGAUGUUGGCAAGUUACAGCCCCCCUUUCCACCUUUUGUUACAUAGGAUUCCAGUACUGAACCAGAUUCCUUGGAAACAAGGUUUAUUUUGCUCAACUCUUUGUCACAAGUGACACCUAAAUUGGGGAACAUCUAAGCCAUGGGGAAGCAAGGUAGCUUUGUGAAAUCUCUAUUCCAUUGAAGAGGAUGGAUAAAGCGGAAAACAACUAUUUUUAAUUGAAAAAAUGAGUCUUUUAAAGAAGAAGGGAAAGAAGUUGAAGAUUAUUCUUUUUUAGUUUACUUUAUGGUUUAAAAAGCUCUAAUAUUCCUUAAAAUUUUUUAAAAGAAAAGAUUAUUUUUAAUGGACAACUGUCAUGGUGCAUAGCCUAUGAGUUAUUUAUGCUUACCAUGGGGAAGACCAUGUAGGAGGAGAGAGUGAGCUUUAAAAAAAGACAAAACUAACUCAGAUCUCCCCACUCCCUCUAGGGCUACUGCGAAAAUGGCUCAGUUGUGUUCCUUGGGCGAGGUGUAUGAGCAGAGUGGGCAAUAUGGCACUUAUUUGGUACUUUUUUCUUUUUGUGUGUGUAUAUAUAAAUUAUAUAUUAAAGAUCACUUUCUAUUACAUUGUUUCCUUCUUUCUCUUCUCCCUUCCCAGUGCCAUAAACUUGAAUAUACCUACCUCUCUUCUUCCCUGGGCAACUUCCUCCCACCCCCAGUUGCUCAGUGCACAAAUACAUGGAAUAUAGGGAGAUGGAAACUUGUGAGAACUGUGAAUGUUAGAGCUAUCAUACAGUUAGGAAAUUCUAUUCUGCAAUCCUCAACACAAUUACCUGGGUGUAAGCCCCAUUGAACCCAGUGGGACUUGACCACUGAGCACACUUGCAUGAGAUUUCACUAUUGUACAAUUGAAUCACAUGGGUUUUUAAUUGAUUUAAAUCUGCAUGCCAUCUGUGUAUGAAUAAAAAAGCUUUUGAAGAAAA